AUGCCCUGCCCCAGCGCUGGCCCUCCCGGCUUCCUGGCCCUCUUGGCCCCUGGACUAGCGCUGCUGGCUCACCUCUCGCUCCCCUCGCAGGCCGGGGUGAGGCGCCUUCCCGCCGGGACUGGCCCGCAGGGCGCCCCGGGCCGGACGCUCAUCCUCCUGGACGUGAGCGCCAGGAGCCCCCUCCGCGUCACCAGCGAGAACUUCCUCUCGCUGCAGCUGGAUCCCUCCAUCCUCCACGACGGCUGGCUGGACUUCCUCAGGUAAGGAGGGGCGGCAGCGGCUCCCCGGCCUUCCCCACCCCACGGGCUCGCUCCCCUCCUGCCAGCCCGCCUCGGCGCCCCUCUCCGCUCUGCCGCGCGCUACCGCGGCGCGCCCUUUGCGCUCCGCGCGUCCCCCCUCCACGGCCUCGCCGAGCCGCGGCUGGGACGCGAGGAGGAGGCCGGGCCAUGGUUCCUAUUAAGAUGCACAUGUUUGCAAUGGAGAAAGCAUCUCGGAAAGGCUGGCUGGAGGGGGGGGGAGAGAGAGAAAUGCUGCCGCUUGCCUUAGCCCCACCGCCCGCGCCCGGUUCUGGAGCGGGUUUCAGCCCCGAAAGGGCGAAUCUGAAGCUGAUAACCGUCGAUGUCCCAGGGGGCGGCCACUCCAGGGCUUCUUUGAGUCAGGAGAACCGCUCCCCUACGCGAUCAACGGGGCCCUGAUGGGAAAGAGUCCGGAGGAAUCCCUUCAGAGCCCGCGCCGAUGCCCAAGACGGGGCGGGCUUGCCCUCCAGCCGGUCCGCGGGGAAAGGGAGAAGGGCGUCCCAGGGUCGCGUCGCUGCCCGCCGGGAGAGCGCAAGCUCCAGGUAUCCUUUCUCAGCCGCAUCUCUCCCGGCUGCCUCCGGAGGGCUGGAGAAGAUGCCCCGUCGCCCCUCUGGGCAGUCUUCCGUGGGGCGAAGGGUGGCUUUCUGGUCCCUUGGCGACGGCAGCCGGUGCGGGAGCGCAGCCCUUCUUUGCUUCUCCGGGCAGCCUCCUCUUUCCCCUCGGGGCCUUUGAGGGCCUGACGGGCUAGCGGCGCCCUCGGUGUGCACCGGGGGAGGCGCGAUGGCGGCGCUCCGAGCGCGGCUUGCUUCUCCGGUCGGGCCCUGGGCCGCGCAGGAUCCGUCCUCUCUCACGCAGCUCCUUGUCCGCGCAGCUCCCGGCGUCUGGUGACCCUGGCCCGUGGCCUGGCGCCCGCCUUCCUCCGCUUCGCCGGCAAGAGGACCGACUUCUUGCAGUUCCAGAACGUGAAGAACCCGGCCAAGAGCCGAGGCGGACCCGGACCCGACUACUACCUCAAGAACUACGAGGACGGUGAGGCUGCGGAAGCGCAGGCAGGGGCCAAGCCGGGGAGAGGGCAGCGGCGGGGAAAAAGGGGCGAGGCGGCGAUCCCGCUAUUCCCUGGACGGGACGGACAUGGCGGGAUGCGAUCCCAGAGACGGAGGAGGGAUGCUCACUCUGCAGACCCCGGCAAACCCUUCCAUUAUCAGUGAUUGGGCGAUGGGGAGGAGAGGCAGGCUCUUCUUAUGGGGGAAAGGAGGCUUAUCACGCCGAGCUAGUGAUAAGGAUAAGGAGGUGGCCCUAGUGAACUGGGGCCAAAGUAAGUUCUCUGCUUAUUAGGGUCUUUUUGCUGCCAGCAGUGGCUGAUCCCAUGCAGGUGACUUUAAAACAACUCACACAUUUACACCUGACUUGUGAAUAAAAGCCCUCCUGUGCUGUUUGGCAGGAUGUUAAGGAUGCCUAAGGCUCCCAAGCAGGGCGGCAGCGAGGGUCAGAUAAUUUGGUCCCUGGUAUCUUAUGCAAGAAGCAGUUCAGGGGAUAAUGGGCUGCUACCCCAGACCCAAAUAAUACCUUCCUUGCAGAUGUGCACCUGCUUCUGUGCCAGCAUGUUUGGAAUGUGGCUCCAGAGAGUGUUGAGGACAUCAAGGCAUAUAUGCUGGGAUGGUUGCAUGACACAGCCUGGUGUUUGUGAUGGUGCAUUGGGAAGGCUUGUGCCAGACAGACAUCAUUAACCCUUUUGCUCUGUGUGUAUUUUGCAAGAGAGCUAAAAGUGGUUGCUAAACUGUGUCCACGGGUUGUAUUUCACUAAGCUUUACUCAUAAUAGACUCCUUGAAAUUGAUGGACAUCAAUUAACACAUGACUAACGUAUGUGUGUUAAUUUUAAUGGGUCUACUCUGUGUAAAGGUUAGUUGAAUGUCACCCUAUAGGUCCAUGUGUGAGAAGAGCAAUUUGGUAUUCAACUGGUGGUUCAGGUCCCACAUUAGGUUGCAUCCUGAUUUAUGGUAAAUACAUAGCUUUUUGGGGUGUGUGUUUUUUAAGGGUCACCAAAUCCAUGUUUGGGUAAAAGAUGGGCUGAGGGUCUGAAAAAGUUGAAGACUAGGAGGAAAGGCAGAGGAGAAGAUUCCACCUGUAAGAAUGCAGGAGUAGCUUUGCUGAAUCAGAGGAGACACCCAGCUAAUCCCCACACUCUCCACAGCAGUAGGCAGUCAGUUGCAAGGCAGGGAGGAGAAAACCAUCCCCUCUUGUUUACCUGGUAAUUGGAGAUACAUUGCCUAUAAAGAGGAACAUUCAGUUUUUAAGCUAGCAUGGCCAAUGAAAUCAUCUUUACCCAUGAAGUGGCUUAAUUCACUUUUAACAGUGGACUCCUACCUAUAUUUACCCAGAAGUCCCACUUGGUUCCGUGGUGCUUACUCUCAAAUAAGCGGGUCUAGGAUUGCAGCCUAAAGUGGUUGCUAUCAAUUAUGCUAUCAUUUACCACAUGCUGUUUGCCUGUCCUCUGCUUACUGCCAGUUGUUACACCAGGUCCCUGAAUGAGGGGGCAAAACUAAAAGCAACAUGGAAGUACAAAUUACACUUUGUGAGUGUUUGAUUUAGGCAGAAAUCCAGAAUAUGCAAAUAUCAAGAUAAAAAAUGGAAAGUAAAACUGUAAUCUAAACAAAAACCUCAUGGUUACCAUGCAACAAAGGUCGGUCAUACAAAGUGUAUGGUGUCUCAAAAUCUACCAGAAUCCACAACCCUCCAAAAUCUACCCCUCGGACGGGGUGAGGCAAACUCUCCACAAGGAUUUAUUUAUAUUUAGACCAUUUCAUAAUUAAUUGUAUAUUUAACUUUUCUUCUACUGUGGAAUUGGGGCUGGAUGAAUAUUUGACAAAACACUUUGAGUUUAAGAGAUAUAACAUACAAAGAAGUAAACAGUGCAUCUUUCCCCAGGAACACAGGCAAUUUCAAUGGAUUAGUCAGCUUGUUGAGAGAGACAUAGAAUAGUGUAGGACACAGUAACCCAAGGAAACAAGGGUAGAUGGAGAUACUUCCUUGCCUGAUCCUUCCCUGCCAUCCGUGGUAUAGUUGGUGCUGUGAUUUGUACACUGACCUCUCCCACCUUUAUCCUCUGGCUGAGAUUACGAUAUUCCCUCAUCCUUCAUUUUUAUCUUGGAGAUUCCAGGGUGCUUUACCUUGGAGGUACCUGUGCAAAGGGGUAGAGAGCACAAAAAUAUUGGGGAGAGUGUGGAAGGGGCAAAGUGCAUUUUGGGAUGGGGAGAGCUUUGUCCCACAUGCUAUAUUUCUUAAAGAAAAAAUAUGGUAUAUUUCAUAUACAUUCAGGUUGUCAUCAAUGUCUUUUCUCUGAUGUGAGCCUGUUGAUUUUGAUGGAGUUUAGUUUUCCUGUAAGCAUGCUUGGGGACUGCAGCCUUAUUUUAAUUUCUAGUGUAUGAAUCAGUUACAAUUUGUAUGUAAAAAGUGCAUUUUCUUCAAGCAGCUGUUGGACUCUACCAAUGAGGUGGUGUGAGGCUAAGCUGCUUGUUUCUCCUCCCUACUUCUGGUGAUACCUAUAGUACUUAAAGGCAGAAAAUCAGAACUGCGCACAUAUCCUACAUAUAAAGGACAUUAUUUCACCCAAAGUGUCCUGGGAACUUUAGUUUACCCUACACAGAGCAAUAGUUCUCAGCAUCCUUAACAAAGUUCCCAGGAUUCUUUGUGGGAGAUAAUGUGCUUUAAAUGUAUGAUGAAUAUGCAUCCUUGGUUUUUAACGCCUGGUGGUUUUCAAGAACCUGCAACUGUUCUAUCACACCAGUUUGGGCAAAUGGAAUGCAUGCCAGCAUUUCUGGUGAAGCUGAGUAUUUCUGGUGAAGAUGAGCAACACAGUAAGGGGCAGGUUUGGGCCUGUCUGAUGCUAGAAAGGCCUGGCUCCAUGUUACAAGACUCUGCUCUUUCUCUUAGCAGGAGCCUGCCCAUGGCUUCCUUCCCCACCCACUUCUUUGCCACUUCUUGAACUCAAUAAUUCAAUAAUUCAAGCUGUAUAUGUUUUUUGUGUGUGUGUGAGGGGGGGGGGGAGAGAUCCCCUGCCACCACUACCAACUUAGAAGUGGUAUAUGAAUACUAAGGGCUAUGCAUUAGAUUAGUAAUUCUUACAGAAACCAUAUACAGCAGACACACAACUACAGCAGCUCCUGCUCCUUUUGUUAGCUGAACUGAAUUUAUAACUGGAUCAGAAAUGAAGGAGAACAUUCACACAACGCCUCUAGACACCUCCUUUUACAGCACACAUCUUCUCUCCUUCACUUACUCAGCUCAGGGUGCUUCUGCUCCACUUCCUGACAAUUUGGGAAAAAUAUCAGUCUGUACUUCUUUCUCCCUGUUUCAGGGGUGAUCCUUGGGAGUGAGGAAAGACACAGGGCAUUUUCUUAACAGUAGUAAACUUCUUGCUCAAUACUUUAGCAUCUGCUUAGAGUCAAGACUUCAUGUCUGUAGCUGAAAUAAAUGCUGGUAAACACAUAGGGCUGAAAAUGUUUUCCAUGAAUGCCCAGUUUUCUCAGUUAACCUUUGGCUUGUUAGAAGCAGCUUUUCUAGCAAAGUAUAUUUGCUUAUUAUCAUUUAACCAUUGAUCUUACGCUCAAAUUUUCCUCCCAAUUUGUAAACUGAGCAGAAAUCCCAUAAUGUUUGUGCAGUUUGACUUGCUGCCACAAAGAAGACUACACUGUAGUUGUGCCACAGUGGUAACAUAAGGUCUGCCCUCACACGUUUUUCUAGUGCUGCAAUCCUGUAAAGACUUAAUUUAGGAACAAGCCCCAAGAAGAACACAGUUGUACAGGAUUGGACUGCAAAGCCCAAGUGGUUGAGUUUAUUUCACAAGCCUAAAUAGUUAUAUGAACAUUAUGUCCCUUUUCUAAAUACUGAUUUCAAAUUAACUUCUUCCUUCUAAGCAAUAUAUGUAGACUGGCCAUUUUUCUUGGGAUUUAUUAUUUUCAGCAGGGCUGAAAGCUGCAAUGACUAAUUGCUAAUUAAGCAAUUAAAUCAGAACCACUCCCCAUCAAAGGGAAUUCCUGGCAGCUGAAGACUUUGAUGUAAACCAUCCAUAUGCCCUUCUUGACUUAAGAAUGUCGUAAUGAUCACCCUAACAAUAAAUUAAUAGUAUGUAAUAUUUGGAUAGGAGUAUUAUCUUGAAAUACGUUCAAAAGUCCAUCUGCCUGUAAUAUUUAUUUACAUACAUUGCUCUGGGAAUUAACUUUCUUGCUUAUUUUCGAAAAACAGUAAUUAGUUUUAAUAUUUCUAUUCAUCAAAGGUUUUAAGCCUCUCUUCUUGCCUAGACAGAUGACCUGGUUGAAGCUUCUGCAACUUCCCAGAUGUUUUGGGCUCUGUUUUCCUCACCGCUAGCCAGCAGAUCCAGUGAUAAGGGAUUAUGCUAGCUGCAAUUCAGAAUAUCUGAAAGGCACCAGGCUGAGGAAGGCUGGUCUAGACUUCUGUUGCAUAAGUACUGAGAUUUGGUGUGUGGACAUUUUGGCUCACACUCUUCAUUGCUGUGAUACACUGGCUUUCACUGUACAAGACGACAUGCUAACUCUGGAUUAAUUAGUGAAGGGUAAAUGCAAUCUCUGGGUGUGAACUCACAGUUUAUUAAAAAUUGGAGGUAUCGAGGGGACAUAUUGACAUAUUCAGGUUAUAACUACUCAGUUUAAAGCCACAAUCCUAUGCAAAUUUAGGAAAUGUAAGAAGCUACCUUAGUUUACACCAGACCAUUAGUCUACCUAACUUAUAAUUUCUGGUCCCCAACCUUUUUUGAGCUCUGGGGCACAUUUGCAAAAUCUAAGCAACUAUUGCAGACACUGCAAAAUGACUGUUUGACAGAAGAAGAACUGCAGAUGCUUAGAACACACCCAACCCUGACCAAAAACCCGGCAUAACACCUACAUGCUCCAAAACAAAGAAGACAGACAAAAAAAAAAGCAGCUAAGCCCCACAAAUACUGACAAGAAAAAGGCAAAAAACCAACCAAGCCAACUCUCAAUUAAAAAACUACACAAAUUAGAACCUUGGAGAGGCAGGGAAACCUUGGUGCAUGCCCAAGUGAGUGUCUGAGGAUGCCACGGUGCCCACAAGCACCUCAUAGGGGACCCCAGAGCCACAACGAUUAGCAGUGGCUCUGCAUCAUUUCAGGCAGGAAUCUGUCCCAGCCCUAUUUGGAGAUGCUGGGGAAUUUAACUCUUUUCCUUUCCCACUGAGCUAUGGCCUCUUCCUUACAUGGGAAUAAGCUUCAUUCAGUAAGAGUGGUAUUUACUUCCAAGUAAACAUCUACAGAAGGGAUGGGACCCCUGUUUGAGCUCCACAUUGGGCAAAAAUAUUCCUGCAUUUCAGGAAGUUAGACAAGGUGACCCUUGUGGUCCCUUCUAGCUCUAUGAUUCUACUUUAUAAUGUGAUCUUGAGACAUCCAGAAAGUAUAAAACAAUGCAGCCACAUAAGAACAUGAAUCAUUCCCCAAAUAUAAUAUGGAUUGUCCUUGAAUCUUCCUGCCACAUUUGCCAUCCUCCCCUGCAACUCCAGUGUGGCCCGUCACACCCUUUGAGAGCUACUGCCUUACAGGAACAACAUAAUCCACACUUGCCGAUUCUCAGUAUAAUCCAAAAAGUGCAUCACUAGAAUCUAAAUUUAGAGAUGCAAAUGUAUAUAAUUUUAAGUUCAUGGACUUUUAGGAUGAGUGUCCUUUUAACAGAGACUAUGCAAGAGUUGGUUUGUCAACUGCACCUUCGGUAUUAAGAUGAUAACCUCUGGUCUGGAGAAAAACAAAUGAGGAAUCAGACUUUAAAUUCCAAAGGAAAGUAACAAGAUCCACGUGCGUGCACACACACCCCUUUCAGCCUUUCUUUGGCUGCAUGACCCAGGAGGCCGUUAGCUGAAGAUUUUCCAUAAGUCAUUACUGAGGAAGCCAAUUAAUCCCAGACAGACCUCAGCGGGUAGGUCGGCAACAGAGAGGAUGUCUCAUAGAGAUCUUGUCUGCCUGGACAAGAGGCUUCCAGCCUCAGUUUCUUUCUUUCCUCCUAUGGCUUCUUUUUGAUGCAGAUACCUCAGUCGGAAGGGGUGAUACAAACCUGAGAUUCUCUUUGCAGGCACGGAUAAAGUGCCCCCACCCCCUGCAUCCUGCUUCACAUAUACGUACUUCUGCCUGCUCCCUCUCUCCUUCCCACCCAAACUUGCUUUGUUGAGGCCACUGCAGUUUAAAAGCUAAAGGAGAAAACUUCUCAUUGGUAGCAUAAAACUUCUCUGACCAAGAGCUGUGGUUGGUUCACACUAAACAUUUGCAGAAAUAAGUGUUCGCUCAGCCCAAAGGUCAAUAUUUCAACAAGUUGUGGUAGGGAACUUACACUUAUUAAAUGUCUUCGCCCAGGUUUCUUUGCUGUUGAGUGACUGCGGCCUUUUGUUUCUUCCAUUUUUCCCUCCUGGCAAUAAAGUUGAAAUGUAGCAGCCCUUCAAAAUGAAGUUUCUCAUAGAAGUUGUAACCACAGGUCUUAACUUUUCAUCACUUAAAUGUGGAACAGAACCAUUGCAAAUGGGGGAAGGAGGGAGGGGACACAUGUGGUGUGUAUCAGAGAUCAGUGUAAAUCAGAAAGGUGUGGUGAGGGGGAUUUCCUGCCCACAGGCCCAGUGUUCUUACUGGCUCCCCUGCACAGGCUCUUGGAAUUGCAGACAGGACCUUCUUCCCACAGAGUGUUACAGAGAACCAUUCUUUUUUGUGGGCGAGGGGAGGCAAAGAUCCUUGCAACACCCUCAAGACAAAUUGGCUGGCCAUGGCAUGGAUGCAUGUGAUGAGGAGAUCCAUAUUUGCAACAACAUCUAACCUAAUGUACAGACUGUGUUCUGCAAACAUGGGUCUGUUGCUGGCUGCUCUGGAAAUGCCUUCUGCUUCCCUUCAGAUAACAGUGGGAAUGUAUGAAGGGGAACUGCACACCUUCCCUUCUGUACAAUGCUUUGCCUUGUCCUGGCCACUAUUGCAAAUCCCGCUGCACCUUCAGAUCAAUCAUUGUUAAACCAUGUCAAGUACCACAUUUUUCUUGAGUAGGAAUAGUUUUGUUGGCUUGCUUUCUUGGAGCACUGCCUGCCAUUAUGGAACUAACUUUUGUUUCCCAGUUUUCAGGCAACAGGUGUAAAAAUAGCAAAAAGCCUUGUGGCUCAAUGUAGAUGAACAAAUGUCACGUUUAAGGUGCCAGAAGGCUCUUAGGGCUCUCUUAGAUGAACUGUUUAUUUAGCAUUCAUUCCAAUCUGCUUGUGUGGAGGUUAUAUGAUGCUGUGCCAAGGGAUUGCACAUGACGUGUGAUGCUAAUUAUUUCCCCCCAAGAGUUAAAUGAUAACUAAUCAGAGGCAGCUACAGAAGAGCUAUGAGAUUCAGGUGAGGGUCAGAUGCCUUGUCAAUCCCAGCAGGUAUAUAAGAGGAGACUGCCCAAGCCACAGAAUGCAUGUUCAGAGUGCUGGAGAUCCAGAAUGCAUGUGCAGACUGCUGGAGAUCCAGACACAGGAAAAGGAAUGUCCAGCUUUUGUGGCCAUUUAUAAUCUUGUCUUUUCCCCCAAACAACCAUCUCAUGCCCAUUCUGCUAGUUCCUGAGGCUUGUUUGGUGGCAACAUGGGGGAGAGACUUCUCAGUGGUGGUGCCCUGGUUUGGAACAUCCUCCCUGCAGAGAUAUGACUGCCACUAAUGCUGAUCUUUUGGCGCCAGCUAAAGACUUGGCUGUUUGCCCAGGCCUUCAUUGGAGUUAAAUGUCAGACUGAUGGUUGUGAUUAUUCUGAUUAUGAUUUAUUGGCCUGGGCAGGCCGUGUCGGCCUUUAAUAUACCUGCUGGGAUUGACAAGGCAUCUGACCCUCACCUGAAUCUCAUAGCUCUCCUGUAGCUGCCUCUGAUUAGUUAUCAUUUAACUCUUGGGGGCAAAUAAUUAGCGUCACACGUCACGUGCAUGGAAGUUGCCAAACCUGUUAACCAACUAGAAGGAUUACUGUUAAUAGCACCAGUUUUCCUAUAACUUGAUAUCGCUAGAUAGUUUUGAUGAACUGCAAAAGCAUUUUUAGCUUGCUUUCUGUUGCCUAAUAACUUCUGCUACCUAAUAACUUUUCUUUAUUAGUGCCACUUGGUUUUGUACGAUUCCUUGCAAAUGAAGGAAAACAACUUUUCUACUUGUAUAUGUUGAUAAUAUAAUUUUGGUUACUGAGGACAAACAAGAAUGUACAAAAACAAGAUUGGGUGCAGGCCUGGCCAGGACAUAGGUGUCCUGACUGUGACAAAGGUGACCUGUGUGCUUGCUUGUUUGAUGAACAGCUGUUGGGAACUUCAAGGUCCUUUCUCUCCCUUCUUAUGGUCUUUGUACUGGACCUGGAGACUCCAAUAGAGAGCAUUCCAUGUCAAGAAGGAGGGCAAGUGGGCACUCUAUCAAAUGACAGGACAGGAGUUACACGGAGCCAGGGUCUUUUCACUGGCGGUGCCCAUUGCAUGCCUCGCUCUUCCCAGACCUGCUCUCUUUUGGCCUGUAUUUUGGAGCUUUAUAAUUUAGGAAGCCUUUGGAAGAAGUGGUUGACAAGUCUUAUCAGUUGCUGACGUAUGAGCGGAUUUUAUUUGCUGCUAUUCUGUGCUUCUGGUGCACCAGGGUUUACACCAGCGUAAUAGAGUUGGCCAGGAUGCCAGAAGGGAUACAAUUUACGAGCUUUCUCCAUUAUCUGCACAGCAGGGGGUGUUCAGUCAAUAGUGCAAAGGCUGAGCUGAAGCAUUCCCUGUUGGUUACCUGCUUUCAGCAGUAGGGAUCGCUGUUUGGUAGUACCCAAUUGGUUAGCUGUCAGAUUCUAGAGCUCCCUAUUGGUGGCUCUUAGGUAAUUCACAAAAUACAGAGUCCAUUCAUAAAACACAGUGUUCAUUCAUAAAGCAGUAACUUAAAUCUCCAUUGCUACAUAUUGGGUGUAUAUUUCAGCAGUUGAACAUACAAGUUUAUGGCCAUGCUGUAGUGUAGUGCUUAUGCGACUGUGAAUAAAAGGUGGCUGGGGUCAUUUUCUCGGGGUUUGGGGGGGGAAAGAGGUGACAAAACUGAUUUCCAAUAAGUGCCCCCCCUUUAUUUCCAUUAUAAGUCCUUGAGUCUGUACUCUGAAUGGUGACACCAGGGACCUAGAAGGUGCUGGGCUCAUCAGUCCAACCCCUGCACAGUCUCAUCAGUGCUGACAAUUAGAGCAAUUGAGCCAAACUGGGCCCCGCGGGCCAAUCCUAAGGGGGCCCCUGCACCAGGGCAAUCUAGAUGGAUUUUAUUUAUAUCUAUAAGAUUUUGCAGACUUUGGCUGUGAACUGGGGCCCUACAAAAAAAAGAUUCAAGUUGUGUCCCACUGCUUCAAAUUGGGCCCCACUGGCUAGCCCUGAGUCUAAUAGUUGCUGGGCAUGUGUUGCCCUGCCCUUGUAUGAAGUCUUGGGUUUACAAUUUUGGGAGAGGGGAGACUGCACUGGGGAGCAGGAGGGCUGGUGAGGCCCCCUAGAUUUAGAGACCCCAGGCUUCAGCCUACUUAAAGGUAAAGGUACCCCUGCCCGUACGGGCCAGUCUUGCCAGACUCUAGGGUUGUGCGCUCAUCUCACUCUAUCUCACUCAGUCUACUUAGCCUAUACAUAAAUCUGGCACGGAUAGGUACCUAGUUUGUCUAGCUUUUGCUGGACAGUUCUUACAUUAGUGAACUUGUGCUACCUUCAGAAAUUGAAUAGUGCAACUAACUAGGCAACAAAGUACGGAGGAAAGACACAAUAAAUUGUAGUGUAAAAGGAAGGUCAAGUGCUGCCUUUCACAUCAACUGCUUGUGACAAUUCUUGGUUUUGCAAUAAGCAAACUGUCUACUUUGGUUUCUUAUAUGUUGGUUAUUUUUAGUUUAGCUUAAGUUGCCCUAUUAGCAUAUCAGAAGAAAUGGCUGAACUAAUAAAUCAUUAAAGAAUGAAGAAGCCCAACAUUGUAUGUGCUUUAAAGGCAAUUUAGUGGUGAGUAUAGUAGAGAUUAUAGUUUUAGGACCAAGAUAAAUUUGACUUAGUCUGGUCCAAAAAACCUUCUUGUCAUUGCAUGAUUAAUUCAACUUUCUGAGCCUUUGAGUCUGCUCAGGAACAGACACAUUUACCAGAACAAAUACAUCCUCCCUGCCCCCAUGGCUCCACCCAAUUAACAGCUUUUCAUUAUGGUAGUUAGCAUAAAUCCCCUUGGGGUAAAAUACUCACCUUAUCUGAUUUUAUGCCAAGGCCCAGACACCCUAGUCACCGAAUACUUCUAAAAACUUGGCCAGAGAGCUGAGAGAAAUCACAGAAGCCAUUUUAAUGACCAUGACCUUUUUAACUAGCUAUUUUCAAAGCUUUACAGCUUUCAGUUUACUGGCUCUCUUGUCUGAUGACCAAGAGACAGUGGGUUUGAUCCCUACAGGAUGUCUCACUCUCCAGUGUCGCCCUGCCUCACUUAUUUCCAUACGUGUUGGGGUUUGUUUGUUUUUUGUCAAACAGAAGGUACAAUUAACGUUUCUUUUAAAAUUCAUUUGGGAUUAGUCUGAAAAGUUUAAAGAAAGCCCCCCUCAAUGUAAUUUUUGGGCAAUUGCUAUGUGGUGGGCAUUCUAGCUCUUGGGAAAUAUUCACUCAGGCCUUUAGGCAUCCCAAAGGAAUGCAGGGCUCCACCCACAGAGGAAAGCCUUUUCUGUGGACUCACACGCUCCCUCUGUCUCAUACUGGCUGGAUGUUCGCCUGUCCCUUGAUACCAGUUUAGAGAAGGCUGAUGGAUGGGGUGUGAGAUGUACCAAUCUCUGCUGGAAUUUCUCCUCCCACUGCAAAGGGGGUCUCCCUCUGGGAAAUUAUUUGGGAUGCUUUGAACCCAGAGGGCAGAGUGCACUCUUCUGCCAUGUCUGGAAUGGGACAGAACUUCCAAACUCCCCUGGUCUGUGCCUUAUUGUGAAGGCGGGAGCUUUCUAACCUACCCUGGGCUGAUAUGCCGAGAUAACAUAGAGUGGCUGGAGCAUGCUGCCUACAGAAGGCCUCCUUGUGCCUCUGCACUAUGGUGUGAGGAGCCCUUUACUUUGCUUUUCCAGUCCCCCAAACUCUGGAUUUUGUGUCCUGCAGUAGGCCGCAGCUCACCCACCUGCCACACGGGUGUGCUCCCUUCAUACUGCAUCCAUCUGCAUCCGUCUGCUGUAUCAAGGACUGCACACAGGAUGGUUGCACAUAGUCAUGAUUCAACAUUCACAGCAAGGACCUGGUGAUCCAUAGCUGUAUUGCAACCAAGUCCAAGAGCUCUAGGCAGAGCUCAACCCACCAACCCAACCCCCAUCUUUCAUAUGAGAUCUUGGGCUAAUUCUUUGUCAGUAUUUGCACACUUAGGUGGGAGUAAGUCCCAUUGACAACAGUGAGACUUAUUCCCAAGUAAACAUGCACACAUUUGGGCUAAAGGGCAAACCAGCUAAGAGUCUGGUUUCCUGGAAGAACGGGUGGGACGCGGGUGGCGCUGUGGGUAAAACCUCAGCGCCUAGGGCUUGCCGAUCACAUGGUCGGUGGUUCGAAUCCCCGCAGCGGGGUGAGCUCCUGUCUUUCGGUCCCAGCUCCUGCCCACCUAGCAGUUCGAAAGCACCCCUAAGUGCAAGUAGAUAAAUAGGUACCGCUUUAUAGCGGGAAGGUAAACGGCGUUUCCGUGUGCUGCGCUGGUGCUGGCUCGCCAGAGCAGCUUCGUCACACUGGCCACGUGACCCGGAAGUGUCUGCAGACAGCGCUGGCCCCCGGCCUCUUAAGUGAGAUGGGCGCACAACCCUAGAGUCGGACACGACUGGCCCGUACGGGCAGGGGUACCUUUACCUAUUUGCACACUUAGGUGGGAGUAAGUCCCAUUGACAACAGUGAGACUUAUUCCCAAGUAAACAUGCACACAUUUGGGCUAAAGGGCAAACCAGCUAAGAGUCUGGUUUCCUGGAAGAACAGUUAGGUAGUUUUAACUCGUUAAAAUGAUGGGAUGAGAGCAGACAAAGUGGGUGGGGUUUUUAUGUCCCUUUCCUUAUCCAGCUUCAUAUUCUGUUCCCCCCUAUAUUUCUUGUUCCUAGUUCCUUCCUUCUACCGUCUCAGCUGGCUUUUACCCUCCUUGGGAGGAAUUGUGAGCUAUAAAUCCAAUAAAUAAAAAUAAUAACUUUUUUCCUCUUUUUGCAGUCAUAAUUAUAAUUGCUCAGAAUGGGGGGUGGGGUAAGGGUGGUGGAGAAGCCCCAACAAUAAUGAAUUGGGAUAUCAAAUGUUGGGAAAUCAGGAAAGUUAACUUAUUGGAUUAAAGAAAGGAAAAAAACCUAGGAGGAGUUGGCAGGAUGGAUUAUUUUGAUAAUAAAAAAAACUAUUAUAGGAACAAUACAGUUUUAUAGCAUAUUGGUGUUUAUUUAUGGAUAUGGAAAAUUUCAGUAACAUAAGCAGAUUGCUGUAUUCAGACUAAUGAUUAACUAUUAAUUUAAAUAAUUAAGAAAUUUAUAUUAUUUGGAAUUUGUGAACAUUGUAUUUAUAUGGUUGAAUAAUUGAAUUUUAAGUAAGUGAGUGAAAUUGCUCCUGAAGGGAUUUGGUGACAGCAUCAGCACUGCUUGAUUUGCUUGAUGCCACCACCAAUAUAUUGGGUAGUGGCACCUACAGAGGUCUCUGUAGGCUGGCUCCAGCCCAUGGGCCACUGGUUCUUAUCCCUGGCUUAAACAAACCACAGAUCCUUGAAUUCAAACAUCAUGGAAGAUUGGGGUCAGUUUAAAACCAGAAGUGGAUGUUUCCUGUCUCCUUCUCUGAUGCAUGAAAAGGUAAGGGGCACCAGCCUGAGACUUGUUGCAGCUUGUUCAUAUAAUAGGAAACUGUGGCUUCCUGUUGUGUCUGAGCCAGCAUGGUGUAGUGGUUAAGAGUGGUGGACUCCUCGUAAUCUGGUGAACCGGGCUCGCUCCCCCCCCCACUCCACAUGUUGGGUGACCUUGGGCUACUCACACUUCUCCGAAGUCUCUCAGCCUCACUCACCUCACAGAGUGUUUGUUGUGGAGGAGGAAGGGAAAGAAGAAGAGUUUGGAUUUGAUAUCCCGCUUUAUCACUACCCGAAGGAGUCUCAAAGCGGCUAACAUUCUCCAAAGGAGAUUGUUGGCCACUUUGAGAUUCCUUAAGGGGAGUGAAAGGCAGAAUAUCUUAUUCUGAACUUCUGAACUUGGCUACCAAAUGAGCUGAGUUGAGAUUUGAACCAAGGAUUUCCUGGCUCCCUGGUUAUAUGCUUAGUUACUGCAGCAUUCCAAUUGUCUUCCCUGAAAUGGGUCCACCAUUAGAAUUGAAUAUAACUUUUAUUUUAAAAGAAAAUAUAGACUGGACUCAACUUAGUUAGGCACGCCUUUCUCAACCUUGGGUCCCCAGAUAUUGUUGGACUACAACUCCCAUCAUUCUUAGCUAGCAGGGCAAGUGGUGAGGGAUGGUGGAAGUAGUAGUUCAACAACAUCUGGGGACCCAAGGUUGAGAAAGACUGGGUCAGACAGUGCUCCUGAGUCCUAAUUUUGUGAAAUGGGAAUGAUAAUCAGCCUAUCUUACAGGUUUUCUACUGGGUAUGCUGAAGGUAAACAAGGAACAGGAGCAGCCGCUUGAAAUGGAGCAACAAAUGGUGCCCUCUAUAAGUCAAUGAGCAGAGUACCAAAAGCUGGUCAAGUUAUUUUGGCACCUGAGGCAGAAAUUCUCACAGGUGUCUCUUCCCAUCCCUGGCAGUAAUGUGUUAUCUAUCUAUCUAUCUAUCUAAUCUCUCUCUCUCAUCUAUCUCAAUUUGGUGGCCUUUCAUGACACCCAUAAUCAGAUACUUGAAGUGGAUACUUCAGUCUGACUCAGCUACACAUUUAUCUUGCAUGAUUUAUAGAUACAGUGGUACCUCUGGUUACGAACUUAAUUCGUUCUGGAGGUCCAUUUGUAACCUGAAACCGUUCUUAACGAGAGGUGUGCUUUCGCUAACGGCGUCUUCCACUGCCACUGCACCGCUAGUGUGUGACUUCCGCUCACAUCCCUGGGCAAAGUUUGCAAUCAGGAACAUCUACUUCCGGGUUAGUGGAGCUCGUAACCCGAAGCAUUUGUAAGGAGGACGGUACAUAACAUGAGGUUCUGCUGUACACUAGAAUAUGUGUGCUGUUCUAUAUUCCCUGGUCAUAUCUGUUUAUUUACAUGAAACUUAAAGGAUUAAAUGAUACUGGGUGAGGCAAGUAGGAAGGCAGAAAAAUAUCUCAGCUAGUUGCCUAGCAACUAGACCACAUGAUUUUUGUUCCCUCUCUUCUCUUAACUUCAUGAGCAGAUGAAUAAGGAGUGUGUGCGUAAAAGUGAUGCCCUUCAUGCAUAAUGUGAAUUGUGCUGGUUUUGGGUUCACGCACGCAGAAUGAGGGCUGGCAUAAAACAUAAUUUUAAUCUGCAGAGUCAAUCAACAAGUUUGUACAGCUGUUUCAGGGCCACCUCUAUUUCAGCAGCCUGAUGUCACCUUAUGAAGGCAUGCCCAGAAAUUAUCAAUUUUUAAGAAAGGGCUGACCAUGGUGCACCAAAUAAGGGAAUGUUUUUAAAUCGCCAUCUAUCACUGCAGGGAGGAGGUCCUCUCACUCACUGGUGGUGGGUAGCCCCCUGCCUGCCAUUAAAUUCUCUUCCUGAGCAGGCUAGCUGGUAGCAUUGAGAGGUUCAUCAGCGACUGUUAAUUAUUCCGGGAAGAAUGUAAAAAUAUGGCUGUUGGCAAAACCUUAGCUGCGCAUAGAAACCUUGCCUUCAGAUAGCCUCCAGUCUGUGACUUUUGUUCUGAGCAUGGGACUGAGACAGCACUGAUUGGCAUUUGGUCAUAAAUUAUUGCAGCUUCACAGGCACUCUUUUAUUCCAUUAAUUUGUGGUCUUUUACAAGUAUUGAUCAUGAAGUGUUUGUGACAUGAUGACUAUAUAACCUAAUGGGAAGUUGUGAGACCACUCUUGAGUGAUUCCACUUAGUCCUGCAAGGUCUCUGGAAUGCUGAUGGGAAGCUGCUCAUCUAUUCACUGAUACCUUUCCUGUGAUGUCCUGCAGGGGUCAUCCUGUUCUAUUUCCCAUUUAUAAGUCAAGGCAGGUAGCCAUAUUAGUCUACUGCAGCAGAACCAACAGAAUCCUGUGGCACUCUGCAGCUUAAGAAAUUAUCAUGGCCUAAGCUUUCAGGUAACUAGGGCCCACUUCCUCACUUGGUAGAUACAUACAAAAGACACACAGAGACCUGAACAGAGAGGGAAAUAUUUAAAUACUAGAACCAAAACGCAAAAGGUAUCACUAGGUCUUUUACAUUUCUAGGCAGAGUCAAAUGUAUACACGCUAACAACAAAUCGACCCAUUUAUAGCAGUACAUCUCAUGUUAACAUGCUUUUCAUUAUUAUGCCGAUGGAACACCUAAAUGCCCCAUCUCAGCCCAAAUUCGCUAAUAAACUCUAGUUCAGUAGUUUUAUGCUGCAGGCAGCCUUAUUCUUCAGUUGUAUCUGAAGUGCCUUGGAAAAUCUCUCCCUCUCUCUCUCUCUCUCUCUCUCUCUCACACACACACACACACACACACACUGCCCUUCAUCAAAAUAUCUCAGGGCGAUUGAAAUACUCUCCCACCAGUUUCUGUAUUUUAAAAUGUCAGAUUUCUAGCCAUUUAUACUCUUACAUAACUCUUACAUUACUCUGGUUUUUGUUUAGCAGCAGCAGCAGCAGCAGCAGCAGCAGCAGCAGCAGCAGCAAGACUCUGUUGGCUGGCUAUAGCAUGAAUCCCACUGGGAGAUGUGUACAUGACUAAGCCCCUCUUGGUAUGACUGAUGUUGUGAGGUUCUGCCAUGGUGCAAAAACAUGAGGUUGUCAAUGGCCAUGUGCUGCUGUGUUUGGCUUGGUGACUCAGAACCUGUGCAGGUUUGGUCCAAGCAAAACUUCUCAUUAGAAAGAAGGCAUGAAUGGUGAAUGAAAAUGCUGGCCGUCAGGGGUCUGAAGCUGAUAGAGACAUGAGAUGCUGAGGGAGAUUGAUUGGAAGGAAGCACGGACCUGCAAGGGUCAGGUGGGAAUGCAUUGCCCAUCAGGCGAGUUUGUCUGGUUUCAACUUAAAGAGUAGAGACUUUUGCUAAGGACUGAAAGCUGUGAGUUUUUUGUUGAGCCUUUUGUUCUUUUAUACCACAGACAUCAUUCGCAGUGAUAUUGCCUUGGAUAAACAGAAAGGCUGCAAGAUUGCCCAGCACCCAGACAUCAUGUUGGAGCUACAGAGGGAAAAGGCAGCUCAGAUGCACCUGGUUCUCCUCAAGGAGCAGUUUUCCAACACUUACACCAAUCUCACACUAACAGGUAAGGUUGCAAGGCCAUCAUGAGCCAAGGAUCUGCCCUCAUUGCUGAGACUCUGGUAGGACAAAUUGCUGCUUGUUUCAUGGUGAGAAGAGAAAGCAGGUGGCUCCUGAGCCAUGGCAGCUCACAGUCGGCAGGAAAUGUUACACAAAUUAAAAUGUAAUCUAGAGUGUGUCUCCUCACUUUGCUGGCAACUUGGAUGUUGCCAAUUUCAGAAUGCAAGAGAAAGCGACAAUCUGACCGUGUUACACAUAAACCAAAAUCUGUGCCCAAUAAGAUAGAAGUCAGAGAAGGGGAAUAAAUACUAGGGAAACCCACAGUGUGUUCAUUCUUCUAUUUGAUGGUCUCAUGUAACAGCAAUAAUGGGUUGGGUUGCUUAACAGCUUCUUGGGACACAGACAGACUCCUGGAUUUGAUUUAAGCAGCAAGAGGUGAUCUGUGACUUUGAGCAGCGUUUUGAUGCAGCCAGAACAACAAGAAAAAUGAUUAGCACAUGCCCUUUAAAAUGAAGUGAAAAAUAGCUGUUCCAUGAGUAUUUAUUUAUUUAGAAAUAUGUGUAUAUAGCCUACCCUUUAUCAGAACUGAUACCAGGGCAGCAGGGUAUGACAUUAAACAACUGAAUUUAUACAUAAACAAUAGAUAAGCCCAUAAAAAUACAUACACAUGGGGCAACUAUGAAAGGGCAGUAUAGGCUAAAACAACCAUUCCCUUACAAACAUUUAAAAUUCCUGAGUGAACAGGUAAGUUUUAAUAUGGUGCAGAAAUGAUAUCAGUGUCUGUGCCAGUUGGGUAUGUAAUUCCACAAAUGGGGCACCACCAAGGAGAGGCUUGCCUUCAGGUAUUUGGGUUGCAAACCAUUUAGGGCUUUAAAGGUUGGCACCAACAAAUUGAAUUGGACUUGGUAGUGAGUAGGAAGAUAUAUCAUUGUUAAUCUGGCAGCACCUCUUUAUAUGUCAUAUUCCUGACUCAUCUUAGGUUUCUGCUGGGACCGGAGUGCCUCAAUUUAAAUAUCUCUUAUUACACAUCCUAGGCAUAAACCAGGGGCAGUCAUCUUCUCUGGAAGGGCCACUCUAUUCUUCAGAUAGUGAUCCGGGGACCAGAAAGGUCUAUGACUCAGAUUUGACCUUUCCACAUUCAAAGCCAAAGAGAGACAUAUCAUUCAGAGAACAAACUAUCACAACAAAAAACUAAAGGCAAGCUUUUUACCGCACACACAUUGAUUUUUUUUUUAUAAAUAUUUUAUUAAGGAUUUUCUUGUUUUACAGAAGUAAGUGUAAUGCCUCGUAUUUUUUUUCCCCAUGUAACAUUUUUACAAAUCCGUUUCAUUUGUUGAGGCAUUAGGGGGAGAAGCAAAAAAGGAAAAAAGAAAGGGGGGGUGAAGAGAGGGAAGAUGGAUGGGGUGGGGUCGGGUGGCGGUGUUUCUAUUAUGUUUAAUGUAUGUAGAGUUUGGUGUCAGCGUUGCUUGUGUUGUUCACUUGUGUUCCUUUGGUGGUGAGAGAGGUUGGGGUUGGCCUAGGGUGUGAUUGUUUGCUUGUGAUUGGCUGUGGUGAUCUUUGUUUUCGUGUGUGAGUGAGGUGGGUGGGUGUUUUGGAUCAGGUUAGCCAUAUUAAUUGGUAUGCUGUUGGUGGAUUAUUGUCAUUGUCCUGUUGGGCUGUGUAUGUGAUAAAGGGGAGCCAUACCGGGGUGAAGGCGUCUUCUUCUGUUUGUCCCCGUGUCCUCACACACACUGAUUAAAAUAUGAUCGAGUUACCAGUAGGGAUGGAGAGAAAUCUUAAUGACAAGCUACCUAAUUUGUACUUCCUUAAAUAAUACUUGAACUUAUGAACCAACUGUCCAUUGGAAUUUUCGCUUUGCCAAAUUUUGCAAUGAAGUUCUCCAUUCGUAUAAUGUGUAUUAAAAUAUGCACAUUAGGGAGAGGCAUGUCUAAAAAUGCAUAUGUCAGUGAAAAUGUGAGCUUCUCAUAUGCACAGUUUUGUGUGUAAUUUUGUGUAACAGACAUAGUUUUGCAACCAAUUUUCUCUAAAAUGCUGCAUUUUUAUGUGUUAGAGAAAACUGGUUGCAAAAAUAUGUCUGUCAUGCAAAAUUACACACAAAAUUGUGCAUAUGAGAAGCUCACAUUAACAUGUUGAUCCUUUUUUUGUGAGAACCUUUUUUUUUUUAAACUGCAAGCUGAUAUGUAAAUACCAAGAGGUGAACUUGAGACUGGAAAAACGAGAGACCAAAAUUGACAGUUUUGCCCAUCUCUAGGUGCCAGUAGCUAGCUACGUUGCUGGGUGCAGCCAGCCUUCAGACGAGCGUUUGGUGAAGUAAGCUCCCCUUUAUUUGAAAAUAAAUAAAUAAAUCUGAUGGGGGGCUGCAGUUUUUAUGAGAGAUGUAGCCCUGGGAUGCUGUUCUUCAAGAGGCAACAGCUACUACUGCCUUCCUCUAAGAUGCACUUGGUUGAGAGGAAGCGUUAGCAGGCCUAGCAGAAAUUGUCUGACGACUUUCACCCUGGGCCUCUGCCCUAACAAGCAACACAAGUCUUUUUGUAGCUCUUUAGCACUCCUCAAAAUAGCCGUGCAAGGAUUUCAAGCUUUUUCCCCUCUCCCUGCCCUCACUUGCUUUAGUAGAAGGGAUGCAGCAAUUACUAAAUUUGGUGUCCUUGAAACCAAAGCAGCACAUGCACUUUGUGUGAACCCAGUAAAUAUUAAAGAGCAAAUAUAAAAGAGAUAAUGGUCCAGAUGGAGCCGAGUGGCUGUUUCUAUUACGGGUGUUGUUUGAAUUAUCCAUGAAAUGGGUCUGGAAUGACUGACAGGCUGUGAGGUAGUGGGGAGAGCUGCAGGGCACUCGUAAAUGUCCUGCCUGGCUAGUGGGAGGACAGAAGAGAAGGAUCUAGUUCUCCCACCUCUGGCCAGUGGGUGGCAGCGGAAAGCCCCACCAAGAAGUGCCCAGGUUUUCACCAGAAACGAGGCCCAGGUUUAAAAAGAAUCCCUAGUUCCCAAGGUUUUUGGAUGGGUGCUGAGUUUGUGUGACAUGAACAUCUAUGUCAGCCUUUUGAACAUGACAGUGCCCCAUGCUUUGUGGGGAGAAAACAGGAGGUAUCCAGGGCUGGAGGUUUUCCCAGUCUCUUGAGAAGACACCUAGCUGUGACAGAUCUCCAGACUUGUGCCUGCAUGAUGUUUGGGCAGGAUCCCUUCAAGCCAUUUAUCAUUUUGUGUAACAUAAUCCCCUCAGCUGUUUAUUCCCACUUGAGCGCUUGGAAUCUCCCCUGACAACUUGCUUACUCUCCAGUAAACAAACUUCCCCCAGAAGGGAGGGUCUUCCCCUCCUGUGCUAGUCUGCACGGCAGUUUCAAAGAGGCCUAGGGCAUUGCUUGCAUUUUUGCCUGGGACCUACCGCCCGAGGGGGCACCCAGUUAUUGCAGUCUCUUGGCCUUUUAAAGUGUGUUUAUGUUGGGAGGAUAGAAAAUUUCGGCUCCAGGUGCCUCUGUGAGGCAAAACGUCUUUCAAGUGGCAGGGCUGCAUGCAGCCUCCUUGGGUGAAAUCGAUGUAGCCUGAUAAUGGUUAGGAGGUUUAAUCUCUCAUUUCAUAAAUGUAACUUAGCUCUGUGUUCUUAGUGGGUAGAACAUAAUAUUUAUAUAUAACUUGACAGAGCCAUGUAAAUAUUUCUCUUUCCUAUGAUGGAUUCUAUCAUUUUGGUUGUGUGUAUGGGAUGGGAUGAGAUGACUGGCUGAGGGGGCAAUUGCACCUGCUCCUUCAGGAUCAGAGGACAAAUACUUGCAGGAGAAAAAUGCAUCAGGCAGGGGUUUUCUGGGGCGGAGUGAGGUGUAGGGAGUAAACUGUACAAGUGUCAAGGGGCCCCUCCAGCAUGGUGUGUUCUUCUUCACACAAAAAUAUUGCCUUAUUGGUGGGUUUAUUCUGCUUUAGUAUGUUCUGUGAUUUCCCCUCAAUGCUACCACAUUAUUGCUGCCCAGAGCGACUACAGUGCAACAAAAGUGGGACAAAAAUAAACCAGAACACUUGUGGUAUAAAAAGUUACAGGGUUUCGGCAGGAAAUUACAGGAUAGCCACUGACCAGGGGCGAACCGGUAUCCCCUCUCCAAAACAUUCGCAGGUGCAAACAGUAUUGAAAGUGGGGCCAUGUGUGGCCACCCCAAAAGCAUCAUGAGCACAAAUAAUCAUGAAUGCACAAUUAAAAGGAUGCCUGGAGGAGCCCCAGGACAUUCACGGGGUCACCACUUUCUUUAUCAAGCCUUGUUUUGCCACCAGAUGAAUGUAGACUACACAGCUGCCUCUGAGCAUGAAGCUCAACCUCUUGCACAAAUGGCAUCUUCCUGCUAUUCCAGGGAAAAUAACAAGCUACGGUAGUUAAAAUGUGUUUUGUUAUCCUUUCCCACUACCCUGCCUUGCCAUAUGGCUAAACAGAAGAGCAAAGAUAAGAGGUAGAUAUCUGUGAAAUGGCUGCGUUUGUACCUAUGCUAAAGGCUUUGGAUCAGUUUCUGACAGAAAAUCAGCCUUCAGCGUGCAGCUUUUAUUUGACUGUUCCAGCCCUAUGGCUUGAUCACCUUUCAGCAGAUGACAGACUGCUUUUCCCACACUCCAUUUUCCUUAUCAUACACCAACAGCAAGAAUGAUAUGGCCAUGAAAUAGAGUAAUUUAGAUUCUCAUCUUGCUGUGUGGCCUAGUGUAAUGUGUUUUGAACCUGCCACAGGCCUAGGAAUGAUUGUGGGCCAUGUGAAUUGGCCCUCACUUCUCUCCCAAGUUAGGUGUCCCAGUCCUGGUCCUCUGCCAAUUUCUGAAACCUGGCUGUUUGGAGAGUGUCCUAUUUGGAAUGCAGCAGAGCCAGUUUUGCUUGUGAGUGAGUGUCUGAGAAAGCCAUUCUGGGAUGAAAACAUCACCUCAACUGGGACCUAGCAGAGGCCACUUAUAUUUAUUUUCAGUGCUUAUAUCCCCCACUUCAAACAAAUUUUCAAGUGCACUAGUAACAUAUUUCAAGUUUAUCAAAUACUGUAAAUUGAGUAUGAGACUUGCCGCCACCAAUGGCAGAACCAUGUGUGCUUACCCUACAGUUGUGGCCAAGGGUGAGGAAGUGCAGGUGGAACAAUGAAAUAUGGAACAAUGAAAUAUGACUCAAUGUGGCACCCCAGGGCAGGGAAAUUUCCUUCUACUUCAAGGAUGUAGAAGCUUUUUCAGCCUGAGGGCCGCAUUCCUUUCAUAGAGAAACUUCUGGGGGCCACCUGCCCUUGGUGUGUGAGGCAAAGGAGGCAUGCAACAGUCAGAGGUUGUGCUAAAAUGUACAUCCUUUCUGUGGCUGGCUGUGGAAAGAUUAGCAUUGACCCUGCUUUUGCUUUCCAUAGGGGGAGUUGCAAUCACUUCCAGAACUAUAUUAAUUGGGACUGCAAGGUUUCAUCUGUAGAUUAGUUACUGAUUAAUUGUGAAUUAAUUGGUGGUGGGGAAUCUUGUGCCAGUUUUGGUUAAGUUUUGUUCAUUUUUGAGGCUAUUUUAUUUCUGGUAUGUUACCAUAAUAGGGAAUGUACAAGAAAAUAUUAAAGGUGCCUGUUCUAACAAAGGAUGGUAACAUUUGCUUUUUAUACUAUGAGUUAUGUCAACAUACAUCACUGUGUCAGAGAAGCAACAAAGAAGUGACAUGCUUAUUUAUUUAGAUUUAAUCAAUUAAUGGAUUAGUCAGCAAAAGCAUAUGAAUAAGCAGCUCAAAUUUGUUUUGUGGCCCCAGCAUUUAUCAUGCUUGAAGGGACAAAUUACUUCUUGGGGCUUAGACUGUGGAUAUGAAACACUCCCCCAGCACGUGACUCUUGGCCCCAUGUGUGCAGACAUCCGGCUCUGUGCCUGGAUUGGAAGCCUCAUGCUGAUUUAACUAAUCACUUCCUUGAGAAGGGCAAAAUGAGCAUUUCUCUGCUCGUCUUGAAGGCAAGAGCCUAGGAGACCCUGCAGGGCUGUCGGGGAACCACACAGGGCUUCUGUUGGGGCUGCCCGGAGGAGGAAUUUACUGCCAGAAAGGACAUGACCUGACUGCAGGCUCAUUAAUGGCAGCCAGAUGUGGUGCUGCUGCUGCUACCAUCCCAACAUCCUGCAACUAGGAGUGCCUGCUGUGGUGAGUGAAAACACGGCUGACCUGUCAGGCCUCAGGCUGGCCAUGUACUCUGCAAAGCCCUUGCCUAACACUAAGCAUGGGAGAAGAAUUCAGUGUGCAUUUAAAGCCAGAUUUAUCAAAACAUAGCUAUCCUUGAAAAUUUGUGCUUGACUGAAUGCUGUGAUGCAGUUCUCCAACUAACCAACUAAGUAGUGCUUACAGAAAUGCAUAUAUUAGGCAAAAAUGUCAAUGAAAAUGAAUAUAUGUGAAAAUAAUAUACCAAAAUGCAUUGUUCUGGAAGUUGCUUGCAUAAAUUAGUCAAAAUUGUGUACAAAAAUGUGUUUGCUAGGAGAAAUUUUGCACAAAAGUGCUGAAGAAUUCUCAUGUGGAUUUUUUAAAAGAAAAUUUUAAAAUUGCUGCAGAAAUGUGGAGAAUUGAAUUUAAGACUGAAAAAAUGAGAAACUGAAGGAACCAACCGAGAUCUUUCUAUUACUACGUAACACUUGCUGUCACUGCAAAUAUCUCAUAGUCUUACGGCUUUCCCUGUGAGAAAAAGCUUUUAUAUGGAAUUAUCCUCCAUGCAUGCAGUGUGGCCCAGCUCUUAAGUGCUGCUCUUCCAUGGUUCAUACUGGGAAGAGGAUGGAUGGGGAGCCAACACAAAGGACGUUAUUCCUGUUCUACAGUGGAACCUCAGGUUGCAGACGUAAUCCGUGACGGAGGCACGUCUGAAACCCAAAGCGUUCGCAUCCUGAAGCGCCGGUGUGAUUUGGCGCUUCUGCGCAUGUGUGAGCCGCGAAACCUGGAAGUAACCUGUUCCGGUACUUCCGGGUUUCCCACAGUCCGCAACCUGAAAACAUGUAACCUGAAGCAGCUGUAACAUGAGGUAUGACUGUAUCUUCAUUUACUGCAGCAGACUCUAGUGCCACUGUCUGUAAACAUAGUCACGUUGACUAACAGACAAAGAGCUUGCCCCUGUUUAUGUAAGUAUACUUUGACCAAAUGUCUUGCAAACAUCAUCAUAGUUGCACAUGCCAACCAUGCCUAGCUCUGCUGAAGGGGAAAAUAAUAUUGAAAUGUCAAAUGGAAAUAAAUCCAGUUUUGCCAAAGCUUCCAUUCACAAGAGACCAGAUUUUAAUUAGUGCCUUCCAACUUCCUUUAGAAAGUUAUUUGACUUCAAUUAGCUGAACUGGCACAUUGUUAGGGAGCAGGACAGACUGGAUAGCUGAGCUUUGUGUCAGGCAUAGCAGUGGCCUAAAUUUUUCCAGUGUUCAGUAAAGCACUGUGCAAUCUCUGUAGAAGCACUUCACUUAUUUUAAAAAAGGCACCUUCAGCCAUCUAACUUUAAAAUGGGCUGAGAUGAAUAGGAAUAAUAGCCAGUGAGAUAUUCACAUUCCUAAUUUCUUAUGUAUCAGGGAACAUCCCCUGGGUUAGAGGGUAUAUGGAGAUUCUGUCCUGACAUCAGCUUGACUUAUAUGUAUACAUCUUCUACACCAUAAAAUAUUCUGUCUGCUCCACUUUGAAGAAGCUAAUGAUUGGCAGCAUGUAUCUAAAACCUGCCCCAGUAUAUUUCUUUCUCUAACCAAUCUUUGAUAGUGAUGCAUCCACUUAGAUGUGACUUACACAUGUACGUAUAUCACUUUAUCAUUAAUGCUCAGUGACGCCGGGGGAUGUGUGACCAGUCAACAUUGAAAAGUAUUGUGUUUGAGUUGACAAUCAGGCAAUAUUAUCCUCUUUGCAGUUAUUAGUCUGGAAUGGCUCAAAUCAUUAGCUGUAUGUGCAAAGUGAUAGGAGUGAUAGCUUUUGUUUAUUACACUGUGCAUAGUACUGGACAUAUCUAAACAAUAAAUAAAUAAAUCAUUUUCUUCAGUUAAAAAUGGCUAAACUCUCCAUCUAUCAAUUUCCCUCUUAUAUUGGAAUGACGCAGAACCAACAUGUUCACAGGUCAUGAUUGUUGUCUUCAUCAAUUUCAUGUGAACAAGUCACAGGUAUAGUGCCUCACAGGAACAACAUUGAGAAAAGAAUGUUCAAGCAUAUUUUGAAACCUCCACGGGUUCUCCCUCCUUUUCCGCUGACUGGUGUGCGCAUGUACUCUCUCCCUUCGUCUCUGGUCCCUUUGCUUCCCAUCUCUUUACCUCUCUUACCAUUGGCUUAUAUGUACUGAUAUCAUAGCAGGGCAUUUCAGGAACAACUGCCAGAGCCCCUCUAUCUGCUAUUGGAUCCUGCAGAAUUCAUAGUGGUGUGGGUGAAUUGUAUUUUGUAUUGUCAUGAUCUGCCUUGAACAUUUUUAAUGGAAGGUGGUAUAUAAAAUGUUUUUUUUAAAAAUGAAGAAGAAUUCUAUUGCAGGCAACUUUUAUUAAACUGUACAGGUAGGGCAUCCAGAUUCCAAUGGCCAAGAAUUUUGAGGGAGAAAGAUCUCUCUUUUGGCCUCAGAUAAAAAUUCUGGCCAACUUUACAGGGCCAUUAAAAGUGUCAUUGAGAUUAUGCAUGGAACUUCUUUAAGCAUUACAUAGCUGGUACCACUAUCACAUGUCCUUUUCCUUUGACAUUUGUCUUUAAGACAUUUGUCAUCAUUUGUCUGUCUGAAUAAAGUAUUCCUUUUCAACAGAGCUGCUGGGUCCAGAUUCCAAAAGGGCCAUGAGAUCUUUCAGAGUUGAUAAAAGGACUUAUCUUGUCUCUGCUGCUGUGUGAGGGAAACACUGUGCCUGCCAGUAUAAUUUGAGAGGCUUCACUUCAAGCUGCUCUGUGGGCAAAAUGUUUGGGUGACAAAUACUAGACCCUCGUUUUGAGCUCAUGUGCAGCACUUGUGCUUAAAUAUAUGAUCCAAAGCUCUGUGCAUGCGGGAUCAUUACUUUUUUACUUGGGAAGGGAUACACUUUGCGCUUGGAUGCGAUGCGCAAGCUCCUUAACUUGGACGGAGCAUUUUCUUUUCUUAGAUGAAAACAAGUAGCCCAAAUGUAUAAGAGAUUCUGGAUUACACUCCAGCUAUGAUAAUUGUGUUGCUAUCUCUAUUUAAACUGAAUCAAUUUACUGAUAUACUUGGAAUGUAUUUUUCUUGAAGUCCCCCCCCCUUUCAUGUAGGCUACUUAUAUUUGCAUUUUAAAGUGUUUAUUUUAGGCAGACAAUGAUUUAACCACCACUACCCUCAUGUUCCUUGAGCUGAAAAACAAAGGGUAUGAUCACAUGUUUUAAUUAUUGCCUGUAAGCAGCCCUGAUUGAUUCAUGUUAGUAAAGUGGGUUGUACUCGUAAAUAAACACACAAAUAAAACAAAACUCUGCCUUCUAUGCUGGACGUGGGAGUCUGGAUCUAGGCAUAUGCCAGCUCUAAUUUCUUCAUGGCUGAAGGCAUCUUUGCAUACCCCAUCCUGAUUCUGCUCAACAACACAACACCCGCAUAAUAGUGAUUAUGAAAUGGUUUUAUUUUGCAUUAUGAAAACUCUCAAGAUUUGCAGAACCUCCAGGAAAUACAAGAUGUGCCAGAACUGUUGGGCAGGUACUCAGAAUACUUCCCUUUUUGCUUAGCCCUAGUAGGAAUGCUCACUCAGAAUAAAUCCCACUGAGAUCAGUAGACCAUAUUUCCUAGACAGCAUGUCUGAAAAACCUUGUAGUUAAAACUUUACCCUCAAAGGGCUAUCACCCACAGAGCUCUCUUAGCCAAUUUUAAGGUAGGCUUUUGUUCAAGGGGUGAGAUAGUUAACUGCUAUACAACAGCUCUGUGCAACAGUAUAUGUAAGCUGCUGGAGUUCCUGUGAGGAAGGAGAGUGGGAAGGAAUGCUGUGGUCAUGGUGCUGAUGGGGUCAUUGCUCAUUCUUUCAUCCGGGUCUUGAGGGACAUGUUUCUGAUGACAGAUCAAUUCUUCAUUGUCGGGAUUCCUGCACAGUUUAGAAGGAAAAGCAAAGGAAGAAGGAACAGUGGGUGAGUUUGCAUCUGGAUUAUCAUUCAAGUGGCCACAGGGGUUACUAUAACUGGUGGGGGCGCUACCUGCUGCUAGGAAUACAGUCUGACUCCAGUGCUUUGCUUGACUCCAAACCACUUCCCCAUCUGUCUAGCCAUUCCUUGUCUACAGCUCCUCUUGCUCUCCUGUUUUGGCCAGUUCCAAAUGAGAUCCUGACUUAGUGGCUGCUAAGGGCUACAACCCAUUUUAUUUUAUUUAUGUUCCCCCACCCCUUUCUUCUCUGAUGAACUCAAGAUGGCGGGCGGUUGUGAUCCAGAAGCCCUGGUUGCACAGUAAAUUUCAAAAAAAUAGACAACCAUAUGUAAUUAUAGCCUUGACAUUUUUUAGAAAUUCAUCUUUUAGCCAGGACAAGACUCAUAGUCCUGAUGGUCUAACCUCCUAUUGCAUGUGCACCUAUUUGUGUGCAUUAUUGUUCCAGUAAUGUGCUGAGGAGCACAGGGGCUUUGCAAUUAUGGAAGCUUAAGUAGGUCACACUAAUUGGGACAGAUCAAUACGACUUUUUAUAGACUAGAGCUGUGGUUGGUAUUUGGCAUACUCAACAUCUGAUUGAUCUCUAUGGUAGGGACAAAUUAAUAAUAAUAUAUAUAUGGUUGUGAUCUUGUAGGUAACAUUUGCAUGAAUUCUGGAUGCUACCACCACUGCUUUCAUGCUAUUUUAGCGCUGCAUGAAAUGCUUUUUCCUACCAAUGAACUACAGGCUGUGACUGGCAAUUCACACUGGACAGAAGAGUAGUUGAGUAACAUUUAGGGAGAAAUGGGCGUGAGAGGUAGGUCACCUUUGCUCCUUCCAGCGCAGCUGGGUCAUCACGCCAGGAACUGCAGCUAUUGAAUUACCCAGAAGAAAUAGAACGGGUGGGGAGGCUCCUUUUCGGAGUGAAAUGCAAACUCAUUGGCAAGGAAGCAAGAAGAGCAGCUUUGAAGGGAGAAGUUAAAGCAGAUUCCAGCAAUACUCCAUUAAGUAAUUAGGGGGCACGGGGGAUGGAUCCGUCUGAGAUGCUCAGUUACCCCUUUUCUUCCUUCUGCUGGGCACUCCCUAAACCGGAUCACCUGGGGAAGCUCUUUUAAGGAGCUCCAGAUGGGCUGUGUGUGUGUGUAAAACGCUGCCUCCAGCUGUGGCCAAUCACUCCUAGCCAGCCAAUCUGCCUUUCUGCUGGAGCCCGCGGCAGCCACACUGCCCAUUCGUCACGCUUCUCCGAUUGCAGCGCUCUGGAUAGCUUCUCCGGGCCUUGUCUGGCUCUUCCUCUCUUGUUUUAUCAUCCACCCCCUCCAUGAGCUAAUGUAGUAACAUCUCUUCAUUGGCUAUAAAUUCAGGGAAGAGCCAUAGAUAAAAUAUGGCUCUGCACAGGAAGAUGGGGAAACAUCUGGUUUUUAGCCCUUAGAUUCAGUCUUCACUUGUCUCCUAUGACAAUGUCACUGUUUGUGCACGUGUGAAAAAGAGAGCUGAUACAUCUGAGCCAGCCCAACUGGAUAAUUUGGAAGAAACAAAUGGCGGGUGGGGGAGCAGAGUAAAAUGUUUUUAUUUGGAUAUGCAAAGAAUCAUGUUGAGUCCAAAACUUUUCCUAACAAGGGAACUGUACAAGCUGCCUCCAUGGCUAGUUUGAGAGGCUGGGUGGUCCAGGCCUCUUCCUUCUCCUUGAAGAGCUGCUGGAUCUCUGAACAUUCAGUGAGGAAACAGCUGAUUAGAUGCCUCAAAAGCAGCAAUGAUGCGAGAGCCCUGGGAGAAUUCUAGAAGAACAUCAAUAGUUUAUUUAAUGGUAGACUCUUCAGGCAGUGUUCCACUGUGUUUCAGUGUGACAAUGAGGCACUGGGUUUAAAAAGAAUGAGGGUGCAUAUGAGAGAGAGUGAUUAGCUUAAUGAGCAGAGAGUGGCUGAGUAGGUAUCUGGAAAACUAUUGAGCUUCCACAGUUUUUCUGAUCGGAAGGAGGAGAAUCCUUGUGGAAAUUCUAUGCUUUUUCAGAUUCACCUCUUUCUGAUUUGAGCCCUAAUACCCUGAAUCCAAAUUUGGCUGCAUUUUGUGCUAUAUCUACUUGCCCGAUAAUUUGGGGAGUGGAAGGAGGAAAAGAGUUUUUCCGCUGGGUGAACUGUUCUUAUUGUGUCUAAAGGGCUAAGUAGUACAGAUGCUCAGUCUGCAUAUUCUUUGUUAUUCAAAACAAGUGUCAAAGUUCUUUGGCCUUAAAUAGCAAAGGCAGAAGCAAGAGACCUUUCUAAGUCUGUUUUAAAACAAAAUUCACAUGUGGGUUGGAACAAGAGCUCACCCUUUCCAGAUGGGUGACAAGGAAAUCAUCCUCCCUCUAUAAGCUAUAGGUAAUGAAAGAACCCUAUCAGCGCUUUCCUGCAGGAUCAUAACCAGUUGCCAAGGGAAGGCAGCUUCCAAUACCAGGCCUUACUCUGUUUUAUGUAUAUGGAGAUAAGUGGAAAAUGAAAAGUUGGAGAGAAGCAAAAGCAAUUGGGGUGAUCAAUGAAGCACAAAAGACCCAUAUCUGAUCCACCUUUUAUGGCAGUAACAUGCCAGAUCAGACUGGGUUUCUGCAACUCGCCUUGGAAUGUAUUGUUGGAAUAUACUACAAGGAAGUGUCUUCCCAAAAAAGGCAGCAAGUUGAAGUUCACCAACCUAUCACCCUUGAUUUGGCACCCCUGCAGCCUUGUGUUGCCUUCCCAAAGGCAGGUAGGGAGGCGGACAGCUUUGGGAAGGAGGCAUGAAGGCUCUGGCAGAGUUCUGGAGCCCUCCCACUUCCUUCUCAGAUCUGGGAAAGCGCUAACUAGGUUUUGGAGAAGAUGAAGGAGCACUCCAGGACCCUUGCUUAUCGGGCUUGGAGAUAGUACCCCUUUGGCUAAGGGCCCAGUGCAUGUGCACUGCUCGCACAGCCCUAAAUCCACCCUUGCAGAUUCAUGCUGCCCAGGACUUAACAAAUCUAUCUGCUUUCCUCUUGACAGUCAUAGAAACUGUAGAGACUUGAGUACACUUGCUCUUGAAUCCUAGUAAACAGAAUAUCAAUGUAUAUUCGGUGGCUUCUAUUGUUAUAGCUGUCUACCUGUUCCUAUCAGAAAUUAUCAGUUGAUGAGAGUUAUCUGAAUUAUCCAAGGAGGCUCAAGUCUUCAUAGCAAAGCUCUUCUGGAUUAAGAAAUCUCUUCCUUUGCCAACUGAAGCACGAUCUGCCUUUAUCUGUUGUCUCCAGAUACUCUGAGAUAUUCCAAAUAUUUAAAUAGCCCAAGACCAUCUGCUGAGUACAGCGGCCCAUAAGGUUGUAGCACACGUCAAAAUGCUCUUAAGAGCCACUGUGCUAAUAAAAGGCUGGAUAAUCUUGAUCCCUAAGUAUACAUGCAUGGCCGCUUGCCUCACUUUUUACCUCUGUUGGUGAACUUGCUUGCUCUGCUGGGGGGCAGGGUGGGAGAAAGAAAGGAAAGAUUUGGCUGUGUAAGGGUUAGAUUAAAUAUUGUGGCCUUCAGUGUUCUGACACCUUACCUAACAAAGAUCGAGUUGUGGGAUGAACCCCCCCCCCCACCUAACUGCAACCUGGCUUGCAUUCAAGGAUUGCUGAGGAAAGGCUGCAGCUGACAUCAUGAGCACAUUUUACUUCCUUUUAAGAGCUUCUUUCUCCAAUUGUCAGCCAUUGUAGAUGGAAUUGCUCGAUGAUUUAAUUGCAUGAUCACAUCUAGGAGUGUUUGGUCUUGGUGUCCAACAGUUCAUUUAUGUUUGUCCCAACUCUGAAUUCCCAGCCCUAGAAGUAUUGCAGAGAAAAGAGUCUCCAUUUGAUGGAAUGCCAUGGACACAAACUUUAGAAAACGAGCCUCCUGAGCCAUCUUGAAGGUGUCUGGCACCAGGACAAGUCAUUAGUCAAUCCUGAAAUAAUCAUCAAGCAGAGGAACAGCUUAUUUUAUAUACUGUUUCUUAGAGUUAAACACUUCCCCAUAUUCCAGCACUGAUUGGAGCCUUGAAUUCUUUCCAAGUGUUCAACCUGUAAAGAUAUUUGAGAACCCCGGGACCUAGUAGUAGCUUUCCAAAAAAUGAUAGAUUUCACUUGAAUUUUCACAAAUGGAAAACCACAACUCCCCCAUAGCUGCAAAGAAGCAGCUGUCACACCAGGUACACUGUAUGAGAAAACACUUUUUGAAAGCUUCAGGGAUUUCCUAUUAUCUGGAAGUCUGUAGUGCUCUUAAAAUUUGUGAAGAAAAUGUUCUCCCCCCUCCUUUUACAGGCACAUUUGCCUGGGAUAAUCAGCUGCACCUGUUUGGAAGCUGCUCUUCAUGUUUUCCCCCUCAUUUACAAGUUGCACGUGUUUUUGUUAAUUUUUCCCAGUAACUCGUAAGUGUCAACAAGCUUACGUUGCAAUUCUGGAGCAAGCUGGACAUUGUUUUGCUCAUGCCAUCGUGUUGUGAAACAUUGUGAAAGUGUUGGAUAAGGCUGAAGUCGUCUGCAGAGACUACAGAUUUCUGGGAGGUUUUCUCCCAGCUCUACCCGAGUCCAGGGUCCAGGAGGCAAUGGGGUUAAAUUCUAUUGCAGUGGAGUUAACUGCUCUGUAUUUAAAAUGAUGGUAAUAGGAUAAUCUUCAUCUGCUUUUAUUGGCCAAUUCACUGCCAAAAAAAAUGUGAGAGUUGCUCUCUACUGGAAAAUGGUUCCUAUUUAUAGGAGAAGAAGCUUGUGAUGUCCUAGGCUCAGUAUGUUCCAUUCUCCCAGAUCCUGUUUCUGAUCUGGGUUUAAUAGUGUGUGACAUGGCCAGAUAGGAACCGUAUGGUGCAAGGCCCUGGCUUGGCCUGGGGCCUGUGUGUUUAAUUCACCCCUACUGCCUAGUGUGGGAGCAAGGGGAGUUUGGCUGUGCAUCUUCUCAAAUGUUUCUGUCAUAUCACCUCUCCUUUUCCAAGGCAGGCUUGACAGUGGGCCUUUUGCACAUGUUGGGAGGUUUCUACCCCCUUCCUGUUGGUAUAGGCCCCCACAGUCCUGGAAACACAGCUUCUAUGGAGUUUCUCUGAUCCCAUCUGUGGUUGGACUAAAAGAUAAUCUGUAAACUCAAACCUGUACCAAAGGUUCUCCAAGUUGACCUUGUAUCCGGAACUGUUGCCAUCCAUGUAAGGAGUUUGCCUAUUCUGCUGUGUCUUUGGCCUCAGGCAGUUCCCCAGCCUACAUUCUUUUCCCUUCUCCUUGGCCUCUCAGAUUUUUUUUCUUUUAAUUUUAUGGCUGUUGCCUAUCUGGGGACCACACAGCCCGCAUUGUCCAGCUUUGGUACACAGCCAAAUAGUUGACUGGCAGCAAGUUCGCUACACUACAUCUGGUGGUUUCCCAGCAAUGGAAUCUUCUCCCAGGGCUGCUUCAUAUAUUACUUUUAUCAACACAGAUGCUAAUCCCAGUCGAGGGCAGGUUUCAGGCAGCAUGAAUGCUUUGCCCACUAGCUGGCCCUUCCUAGUCUCAGAAAGGAAAUCUACAUUUCAUUUCCCUUCUCAGUUUGCCCAAGCACACACUGUUCUUAGAAAAGGAGCAGGGCCUCUUACAGGCCCCUGGAUGCAAGGCUGCAGAAAAGACAGUCCUUUGGGUGAACAGGGCCAGCCCUACCUUUAAGCAGAGUGAGGCAACUGCCUUGGGUGGCAGAUGCUCAGGGGCAGCAGUAGCAGCUCCUGGUUGUUCCAAGCCCCAGCCAUUCCCCUCUGUGGUUACAUGGCCUCUCCUGCCUCCCCAAAUCUGUUCUAGUACCUCAGGUGUGGUGGAGCAUACUAUCCCAUCACCAGGGUUGAAGUAAGAUCCAACUGCCAGUCUAGUCAUACUCUGUACAUGAAAUUGGGAGGGGGUCCAAUCUUGUAAUUUACCUCAGGCCACAUAAUAUCUUGGGCCAGUCCUGACUGUGGGCUCACUAUGGCUCUAAAAGCCUCAGCACAGUUUCACCAUUUUUUUGAGGGGAGGCACUUACAAGAAAGCUAGCGAUGAUAACCACACAGUGGCUUUGUCCAGAAAUGUGAGAUCCAUUAGUAGUGAGGGCUGUGGGGUUCGUAAUUUCUCUAUCUGUUAGGACUCUUCUCCACCCCUGCUUCAUUUCCAAAGCCUAGCGGUUGGAGUUGUAGUCAAAUGCACAAGAGAACUGGGAAGGUGUAUGUUGUGCCACUAAGUCCAAGUCCUGACCUAAGGCAAGGGGCCCUCAAACCAAAGCACCCCAAAUACAGCCUGUGCUUUCCCCAAAAACAUAUAUGCAGGGCCAGCAAUUCUACAACUUGUUCAUCUGACAAAUUGUUCUCAUGAAUUAUAAGUUUUCCGGAGGCUUAUUCUCUAUCUUUUAUUGUUCAAACCUACAAAGCUCAGUCAUCUUUUAUGAGGACACAGAAAAGUUUGGAGUAAAUGGAGAGAUUCUGAGUUGCCCCUAGUCUCCCUUUGAUGAAAUCCCAGUGUAGGAAACGCCCCCCCCCCACUUAAGUAUGGAGAGCAGUAUAUUUCCCUAUACUAUGAAUACAUGAAUUGAACUGCCUCUAUAAACAUAAGCAUCAAUGUACUCUCAGCACGAAAACCCCAGCACUUCAUACAUUACAACAUAUAUACAUGGUUUGCUACAUAGAGAUGAAUCUCUGUGUAGGAAAUUGUAACAUAUGAAGCAGCCUUCAGCAUAUGGCAAAAAUGGCACAACUCCAAAGAUAUCCAUUUCUGCUUCCAUAUUCCUUCCUCCAGAAUAACCCUCUCCCCUUGUAGACUUAACCAUUUACUUUCCAUGUAAAUUAUGGAAACAGUUUGAGGAGAUUGGUGUUGAUGCAAGGAUGUUGAGCAGGAGAAAUUUUGCCUGUUCAAGUGUUUCUUUCUUUUCCCCACAUCUUUCCUGCUAAGGCAAAGCUUGCUUUCCCUGCUUAGCUGAACUCUGUCCCACUGAAGAGUAUUGCCCCAUUGCUAGAGUCAGCUCUACUCUGCAGGAAGUCCAGGGCACUCUUCUUGCCCCUGCUAUUUGCUCAGAUAUGCAACUCUAAUGCCCUUAUCACCUAUCUGAAAAGGAUUAACUUCUUUCUUUGCACAUUGAAAGCACAUUUAUGUCUGUUCUUAGUGCAGGUCUCUAUGAAACUCUCAUGAAAUUCAAGGUCAAAGAAAAGCACCUGCACUUUGCACUGCAACCUCUGCUCUCUUUGCUUACGGUAAUUAUUCUAUGUCUGUCCCAGGAUUGAUGCCACUGCCCUGGGCAGAUCAUGAAUGCCUUUAUCUUUCCAUGUUUUUCAUCUAGCUCUCCUUACUGCAUUAAUGUUUUAUAAAUUCUUCUGCAUUCCAAAUGUCUCACAUGCUCAUGCGUCCCUAUUCUGAUCUCUCUCUCUCUCUCUCUCUCUCUCUCUCUCAAUAUAGACAGCAGCAGCACUAAGACCGUAGAAUUUGAAGAAAGCAUGAUCUAGGAUCUUAGACAUUUUCCAAACAUUACACUUCAUGGAAAUAUUUUUUUCUGUGAGAAGCAGAAAUGAAACAGCUGUCUCCUGCUCCUGCUGGGCUUGUUCCUGUGCAGGCUCCCUCUGAAUUUAUGCUGCAAUCCUGUUGGGCAAGGGACCAGUGGCCACCUUCAUGGUUGUAAGACUAUGUGCCAAGCCCUGGUGUUUACAUGCUUAAGUGAGAUCUGGGUGGGCUUGAUCAAUACAGCCAUUGAGCUAAAGAGGCAGCCACCACAUUCAGACCCUUCAUUCCAAAGCUCACAACUGACAGCUCUCAGACUAAAAUGCAUUCUCAGUGUCAUUUGUAAAACCAACAAAUCUCAAACCCAGAAGCCUUAAGUCUGAUUGUGGGGAGAAGUCUCUUCUUUUGACUUGGAAAAUGCCUCCAUGUUAACACCAGCUCUAACUUUGAAGCAUUCUUGCUUCUGCUUUAUUGAACGCCAAAGGCCUUGACCCUUUCUGUAUUGCUUCUCUGUAAGCCUUAUAGGCUAGUGAGUACAAGAUGAGAUACGUACUUAGGCAACAGCUAAAAUUAAUGAACAGGUCUAUUUAUAUGAGUGUCCAUCAGAACCCUCUGUUUCCAUUCUCUUACAAGUUCAUUUCUAAACUUGCCCAGUAAAUGUCAUCCUGUAACUGUCCUCCUGCAACUGCUAACCUUUCAUGAGUAUUUUGUUUCACAUAGGUGUGAUAUUUUAUCACCCCAGUUAUGGAAAAUUGUGAUUCCUUUUUUCUCCAGUGCAGUGUCUCGGGGCCCCUAGCAGGUACUCCUGCUUCUAUGAUAUUUUUUUUCAUGGUUUGGCCAUUAUUCUCAAUGCCAUAGUUCUUCAUUAACCACCCAACAUAAAGCUGGGACCAAAUUAAUCUGUAACUUUUUAAUGAGGCAUCCAAAAACUAUCUUUCUGAAGAAAGAAGACUGAACGCAAUCUUACCAGCACAUCUGGAAGCUUUGAUCCUAGCUACUGCGUAAAGCUGGUUGCAUCAUAGAUCUGAAAGCUUUGCUGCCCGUGCAGAUACUUUCUGUAGUGACACAGUGUGAUGAUAACCGACAUGACAUACUAUGUCAUCAGAAACUGAGGAGCCAAACAAACCCACCAGAUUCUAAUAAGUUUCUUUCUGGAACUGUGGCAUUUGGAAUUUCAAAUGGAUUCAGGAAGGAUGGGUGAGAGAGCAUGGAGGGCAAAAUUUCAGAAGAUACCUGGAUAAAAAACCAGUGACUCCCAUAAUGUUUCCAGAGAAAACUGGGGGGAUUCUAUCGACUUCAAGACUGUCUCUUUUGGCAUUGCCCCCAAAUAUACAAACUUAUCUUUACAUCAAUAGGGACUAGAAAAUUUCAUUUAAAAAGCAAUCAAAAGAAAGUGAUUUCCAACACCAGAUUCUGCAUUCCUGUGGCACUGUAAUUUGUUAAUGAGUUCAUGCUGAGCUAGUUGUGUGACCGCCAACUGCUGUUUCCUGUUCACAUUUUGACCUGAGCAAACAUGCCUACAUGCUAAAUUGAGCCAAAUGGAAUUUUGGUGCUUUGUCACAACCAUAAUUUUGCAGGUGGGUUUCACUGCAAAAAAAGAGGGGGGGGGCAAUCUGACUUGAAGUCAGCUUAGCACAUGUUGGGUAGCCACAUUCAUCUGGCAGAUAUGUGCACCUAUAGCAUUCCCACUUCAUUUCCCCAAAUCUUAUGGAAAAUAGGUUUAUCUGUAUACACGUAUUAGAACUUGUACCAUGGGGAAUAGCAAAGUAGGAUGUAAGACUAGAUUAUGUCCAGGGUCAAAUGAAAUCUACAACUAUGCUAACUUUAGCUCCCAUAGUUAGUAACUACAGCCCACUUUAAAGAGGUGCCUUGUGAAUCAUUUGCAUUCUUAGGGCAGAUGUGGCUGGUAAGUUGCAUGUUAAAUUUAACACCAGCUUAGCAGUAAUCAACUGGGCAGUUCACAAUUAAUGUAGCACCCUUGCAGUUCCCAGCAGGGCUUUUUUUCAGGUAGACGCCUUUGCCAUUCUAAGAGAACAAGGGAGAAGUUCAUGGUGAGCUCCAGCACCACUUUUUCUAGAAAAAUAGCACUAGUUCCCAGUAUCUUCCUUCUCAACAGACGGUUGUAUAAUGUUGUGCAGAAAACAUUAGGCUACCAUAAUAGCAAAAAAAUGUUAUGCAUAAAUAUCUGUCUGUUUGAAAUCUUACUCUUGGUUAAAAAAACUAUUUCAGACAUCUAAUUAAUAUCAAGAGCAUGAAUUUUGUUUUGGCUGUUUUUGCAUAAAGAAAGAGGCAUGUGCAAAAUUGGACUGGGAGCAAAAUUGCAGUAUCUGUCUUUCCUGAAGGGUCUUGUUUGUCUUGGAGUCUACACAAAGUUGGAGUAUGCUCUGUCAUGGUGCCAAACAAUUUGGCAAAGACUAUGAACAGAGUUUCAUUCAGUAUGGAUUCUUCCAAUGUCCGGUGUUGUAUGUCCUAUCCCUGCAUGCUCUCACAGACACGCACACACACAUGUUGCAUUCCUGAUAUAUGCACCACUUAUCUCUUGGACUUAUGAUAGUUUUGUGGCUUGUAUAAUUAUAUAGGGCCAUGUGUAUGUGGUUGGCUCACCUACUCCAAAGGCCCCGUGGUAACAAUUAAUAACGGAAGGGCGAACACGGUAAAACAUAAAUCUUCUCUUAACUACUAAGAACAUUUAACCUUUUAUUGAAAAAGAAGAAAAAAACCCAGAAAGCCAAACCUUGGCCUGUCAUUUCCAUAAGUGUGUGGCUAGGGAAGGAUAAUAAUUCCCAAUUCAAUAGUUAGCAGUGAUUUAUUUAGGCCUAAAAAGAAUACAAGAGCUGCUACACUGUGUUUAGACUAUAUUUCCACACAUCUCAAUGGAGGGGGGGGUAGAGAAAGAAAAGAAAAGAAGAGGAGAGGAGAGGAGCUUGUACGUUAAAAGCCAGAACUAGCUGGGACUCCAUAUAUUUACAGAUCUUGUAUCUCUGUGCAGACCAGCUUACUGAAUUUCAUUUUCCUCCUUUCCUUCCUCCUUGUCUUUCUGGAAAAAAGAUUGUGGCUCUGAGCACUGUAGUGUGGAGUGUUUCUUCUUCCUGUAAGGAAAUUCUGCAGGCUGUACCACACAUUGUCAGCAAUGGAAGAAGGGGAAGCCAUUGCCAAACAGUGCAGGAGAUCCAUGGUCAAAUGUCUGAUCUUCUUUUCCCCUUAAAAGCAACAUCAUAGAUCUGAAUCUGACUACUACCCCACUCCAGUGUAAUAAGAAGCACUGGAGAAAAAUGCAGCAAUUAGCAGAUGUGUGUAUAUGAUGUGAGGUUUAUGUCAGAUCAAGAAAUAGCAUAGGUACUGGGACUCCAAAUUUGGCAGCCUGGAAUCUUACUCUUUUUUUGGAUAAAGAGGGGCAGCUAGAUCAUCAGAUCAAUGGCACCAGAUGCAGAGGUGCUGGAACUGAUAUAGACCAGGCCCAAGACAGAGCCGAAGUCUGUUGGAUUGGGGCAUUUGAGCCAGGAAAUCCCUGACUUGGGCUCUUUGGAUUCUAUCCUCUUAAAGCUUGUACCCUCUGACAAAUUAACACAUACACCAAGGACUCACAAUGCCGGGUUAUCCCCUCAGCAGAGACUACAAGCCUGGAAGGAAUUGUCAGAGAGAAGGAGGAGGGCUAGGCUCCAAGCCAGAUGUUUUAAAACAUUCCAAUCCUCAAGCAAGGCGCUGAGCCUGGGAAGGGUGAUCUGGCUGUGGAUUCCCAAAAAGCUUCAGUACAGUCCUUCCCCCAAAGAAUCCUGGGAACUGUAGCUUUCCUCUCACAGAGCUACCAUUUUCAGCAUCCUUAACAAAUGACAGUCCCCAGGAUUCUUUGCUUUAAAGUUUUUGCUUUAGAGUCAUGUGCUUUAAAUUUGUGCCGAAUAUGCUUUAAAUGUAGAGUGUAGAUCUUGGUCACUUGGAGCUUUCCAUGGUGCUGCAGCCACUGACCCACCUUGCUGCCUUGCCCCAUUGUGUCCUGUAGGCCUCUUGUCCAGCUCUGGACAGCACAGUAGGGGGUUAGGGCUGAAUGUGUUAUCUGCCACAAUCACUGCUCUGAUCUAAUUUGGACCCUUUGCCAGAGCCAGCUUUCAAGUCGAAACCAGUAUGUCAUGAGAUCCAGUUAUGGAUCUUCAAUAUAACAUACAGAUUGGCUUUUCUUGAGGAGGAAACUCUUUCUUUCUCUAGUUUUCUCCAUCUCUACCCCUAUAACUGGUCAGCCUCCUGUCCGUCCUCCAGCAGCAGGAAAAAGCUUUCAUGCCAAUGGCCAUAGGUAUAUACACCACACCUUGUUUUCCUCCAACAGUUGCUGUAAGUUGUCAGUCUUGUCUAGACUGCCACUGCCUUUGUCAGGAUAUUCUCACUUGUGGUGUAUGUAUGCAUAUAUGAAUAAGGAGGGGUAAGGCAUUCAGUGCAUAGGGCCACCACAGAGGCCAGACUUCUGAUGGUCACAUAAGUAAGGUUCGUUGCAGGACAUGGGAAUUCUGUACCAGGGAUGAGGAACCUGUGGUCUUCCAGAUGUUGCUAGACUGCAACUCCCAUCAUCCCACACCACUGAUUGAGCUGGCUGGGGCCGAUGGGAAUUGAAUUACAACAACAUCUCAGAGGGCUACAGGUUCCCUACCACUUUUUCUACAUGUGUGAUGUGGAGCAAUGUAUUAAUUUUCCUUUCCAGCUUCCUUAAGAAAAGACAAAGUAGGAAAGGGAGAGCUGGCUCUGCAUUAUGCUCACAAUGUGAAAAGUUACAUUGGAUACAUAGGAGCAAGCAUCUUCACCACACUGCCUGACAACAGCUCUCCAGGGUUUCAGGCAGGGGUCUCUCCCAGCUGUACUUGGAGAUGGCAGGGAUUGAACCUGGGACCUUCUGAAUGGAAGGCAGAUGCUCUAACACAAAGCCUUCCCUCACAUUGCCACAUCAAGUAUGUUGGCUGUUGACAAUUCUGCAGGUGGAGAUAGGCAGAGAAAGCAAGAUGUAAUCAUGCACAAACACACAAGGAACAAAGGAUGGCUCUUCUUCCAUUGUUCCUCUCGUAGCAUCUAAAUUUCUCUAGGAGUUGGGGGUAGGGAAAUUAACAGCUGUGCGAAGAUAUAAAAGGGGAGAAAAAGGGCGGGAGGGAGAAUAGCUGCCAGUGGCUCUUGUGUUAAUCUACAAUCUGCUCCCCACUCCCUCUUGGGAGCUUUCAGAACUCUCAACAUACUCUUUGUGGUGAGUGUAAUGUGUAGCCAGUCUCUGAGCUCAGUUCUGUGUAUUGGACUGAAGGCUUUUCUUCCAGCCGUUCUAGAAUUCUAAAACUCCCAAUAGGUGAAACAGUCUCCUUUCUAUGAAUUACUUGAAUGGCCCCCACUGCUGGUGGAGACACAUCUUGAAGUAAUAUGCAUCUCUUGAUGACACCUCCUCAGCACUUAGUAAAUCUGACCUCCCCUUUCAUCUGUCAUUACACCGGAGCACAUGGCUCAGCAAGCGGUUAACACAUUGCCUCCAAACUUUACAUUUCUGAGAGAGGAACAUGUGCUCCUUGAAAGUGACUGGUGGUAUUAAGUGUUUAAACCCAUUUCCUGUUACCUUAAGGUCAGGAGGUCAGACAACAGGAAGUCUUCUUCUACUUCCAUCCUGCCAGGCUGCCAUUCCACUGCCUUGCAGAAGUCUCUGUGCUACUGGCACUAUCUUGUUUGGAAGUAAGCCUUCAUUCAUCUUUGCAUAUUACAAUCACUGCAUUAGAAUGUGUUUUGGAAAGAAGUUCUCAGAUUUCCUUCUACUUAAUAGAACAGACAUUUCCAUUAUGCAUUUAAGUAUCCAAAUGUUUUAAUACAUAUUAGCCAAAAGAAUAGAUUUUCUGCAUGUUUAGAGAAACAGUUUUAUUAAUUUCUGGAUUCAGAGAACAGCUUUCAGAGGACAUGCUGAAGCUGGAAAUUUAACAAUGAAAUGAAUUUCCUACUAUAGAUUUUACUUAGAAUCCUAGAGGAAUUAUUUGUCGACCAUUUUCCCUGACCAUUUUUAGCUUCUCCGGGUCCUCAUUUAAACCAGACUAGUAAUUUGGUCCUUAAUUUGGCACCUGUAGCUCAUUGAAAGUUGUGGGCUGCAUUUGGAAGCUUUAUUGCUGGGUAACACAAUAUGCUUUUAGGAUCUAAAUAGCACCAUUAACAGAAAAUUGGCUUCUGCUCAGAGUAAAAGUAUUUAUUAGAUUUAUUUGCUUAAUGUUUAUUGGAAAAACGGUUGCCCAACAGCCACAGGGAAUGCAUUUCCUCUGAGGUCCCAAGACAGGGUUUGGAAAUUCUUCCUUACUAUUUCCAGGAAGAGUUGAAGGGGUUGGUUAAGAGUAGUUCUCUUCAGGUUAUGAGUGGACAUAGCCCAAGGAGAUAGCUGUGGGGAGUAUGAGUAUAUUUUGUGGAGGAUUCUGCCUCUCUGGACCUCAUGAGACAUUUGUGGUGUAUAUGUGUACCUGCUGCUGACCCAGAUCAUCCCAUUCUUAUGCCUCCUCAGUAAUGCUUGGUAAAAGAGAGCUGACAACCAGUGUUCCAGCGGAGAUGGUUUCUUCUUCCCCUAAGUGCCACCACAAAGCUACUCAGGAACUGCCUUGCUCUGUAGUUUUCAAAAAGAUUCCCCCGCCCCUCAUAGCUUGUCUUGACUGUUUUCUUAUAUUGCUUUCAUGCUUAUUGUUUUAAUAUUUUCAUGUAAUCUUUUUAAAUAUUUGUCUAGCAAGUGGUAUGUAAUUAACAUGCGUACAUUAAAAAAUAAAUAAAAAUUGUACCAGUCCUUGCUACAAUUUAUUGGCUAGGCUCUAGCUUGCAGGAGUUAGGAAGGCACUGAAUGGGAUGACAUUCCAGCAACCCAGUUUAUUGGGUUAUGGUCUGAGCAAUCCCAGUUUUACUCUGAGUAGUAGCCAAUUUGCUGCUAAUGGUGGUAUUCAGAUCCUAAAAGCAUAUUGUGUUACAGAGCAAUAAAGGCAACCUACUACUGUCAGAGAGCCAGAGGUGCCAGAACUGAUGCAGCCACACCUUCACAUUUAUGAAGACUAUAGCACUGGUCUUCACCCCUACAUAUGUCCAUUGUCCCCUGUCAUAUUGUGCAAUCACCUUAUGUAGCCAAAAUAGCACCAUCAGUGCAGAAGAGGCAGGCAUCAGCAGGUUUGCGGAACUCUAAGGUUUGCAGAAAAAUGUGUGUGUGUGUGCAUGCACGCACACCCACCCACCCACACCCUUCUGAAAGUACUCUUAAGGGGAAGGACCCCAAAACAGUCCAAUGAGAACUGAGCAUACUAAGUAGGUACAGAAUAUUGUUGUUCAGGGGAGGAAUGGAAUCAAAUGGAGUCGCUGGAACUUUGAGCAGUCCACACUUCAAGAGCUUCUUGCAAGUUCCAUUAUUUUGUCUUGGCAAAGUGAGAGUGCUUUCCAGUUAAUUAUUUUAGUGAUUUUUUGUGAUAAGCAGUUGCAUAAGAGUGUCACAGGCCUCUACAGGAUUUUGUUUCUACUGUGAUUAUGUGAAGCAACACAAAGCUCCCAGCCUCCAUGCCUAUACUCUUUUUGCAAAUCUUGGAUAUUAAAAGAAAUAUUUGGAGUGAAUACACAUGAGAGUGUAGAGCAGCUGCAAAGCUGUUCCUUUGUUCUUCCCUAAUAUUUGCUUAUCACUUUAUGAACCUUCCUUCCUAAUUUCAUUUAAUUUCUUCUUAAAAAAUAUAUUUAGGGGCUGUGAUCUGAAUCUUUCCUGCACUGAAUGGAGGCAGGUUUAUUUUUUUAAAAGGAGAUAAAAUGCAGGAUGUCUAUUUGUUACAUUUGGGUGUCUGCCAAGACACCCAAAGUGGUUUACAAUUUAAAAUGUAUUUAGAUCCAAGAAGAUCAAUACAUAGUGGAAAAUGAAGGGGACCUCAGCUCCAGAUAUAUAUCUUCCACUGCACACUUAGGACUGGUCUAAUACUUAAUAAGCAUUGAAUUCAGGAGGACCACCCUUGAUUUGACCAAAACCUUUUAGCAAAUUUCUCGAGUCCAAAAUACAGCAAAAGUUGCCUUUGUCACCAGUAUGAUUCUGCAUGACUUUACUGCAAUUCCUUUUAUACUAGAUGACUGUACAUUCAUAGAAUUGUGCAUGGAACCUCAAGAGAGAUUGCUAUAUUUAGCCAUUUAUGGGAGUACAGUAUACAUGACACACACACAAUUCUGGGGAAGAUGGGCUUUCUGCCCAAGUGGCCAAAUGUGAUUGGGAAAGGCUCAAGUUCCCUACAAAUGACAGUGGGUUGGAAAGAAGACAAAGAAAGACGCUCUAUCUUUUAUUGAGCUGGCAAAGUACUAGGGAUGCUUUAUCAAAGACUUAAGUGCUGCGAUAUCCCCUAUCACUAAUGCAUGAAAAAAGGAUUCGCAUGACAGGUUCUUUGGGGCUGAAAAGUGCCAGAUGGGAUUUGGAGCCAUUAAGCAAAUACUGUCCCAAGUUCAAGUGCUUGCAAACUCUGAUUUUGAUAAACCUCUUGUGGCGAGGACAUAUAAUUCAGAUGCAAGCUUCGAACCUAUUCUUCUGCCUCAAGUGGUAGUUGGCUACAGACAUCCUUAUCUAAGCAAUAACCAGCUGUCUUGAGAGUGUAGCCUUGCCUUGCAAUUAUACAAGAAUGUACGUUUGGGCUGUUAAAGACCAUGGAACUUUACUUGCCCAGUAAGAAUCUGAGAGUUUGUUUGGACUGUUUCUCUGUUUGUUGUGACUAAUCUUUCUGGAAAAUGUGUGAAUUUGCCCACCAGUAGAGAUGGGAUAAAAAUUCGCUUUUAAAGGUGAACCUACCUAGCAGAUUUGCACUUUCUGAAAAAAAUACAUGAACCAAAACAGCCAUCCUUUGACAGGUGCACUUCUCCAAAUUUUGCAAUGCAGUCAAAUAAUGUCUACAGAAAUGCGUAAACUGGAGGGAAAGUGUGCAUAAAGAUAGAUAUAUUUGUGAAAAUAACAUACAGCAGUGUAUUGCAUGGGAGUAGGCAGGAUUUUUGUUGGGGGUUAGGCCUUUUGUUGGUGGGGCAGAACCUCAGUUAGCUAUGUAUUUAUAUUGAUUUUUGUUAAUUUAGGAGAACAGCUGCCCCUCCCUGCCCCCCCAUGGCUAUGCCCAUGGUGUAUUAUAUUAGGGAAACUGCUCUGCAAAAAUGUGUAUAUUAGGGAAAACUGCAUGCAAAUACGUGUAUAUUAGGAGAAAACCAUACUGAAAUGCUGAUGAAUUUUCAUGAGAACUUUAAAUAAACACAAAAAACCCAAGCAAAGUGAUGUGGAACUGUGCAGGCCUAAAUUUAAGAUUGGAAAAAUGAGAAAAUUAAGAGAAAAUCCUGCAGUGAAGGAGUGUGGUGCCGUAAGGGAGGAUUCAAUUCCCCUCACUUGAAAUACUUUUUCUUUUUAUAUAUAUAAAAACAGAAUCUCUCAUCCACAUCCCCUGGUUUAUAACUGAACAGGUGUCCUGGCCCUCCACAGCCAAGGAAGGCACACUUCUGAUAGCUAACUCCUUAUUGACAGGAGGAACACUUGCAGCAGCUUCCAGAGUGCUCCAGAUACACAUGCACACAUUCUUCUGAGCCUCUAGGCAGCUGUACAUAGGUCUAGGCUGUGUGGAGCAGUUGCAGCAACAGGGAGACCCUGAACCUCUGCCAGCUUAUAUCCCCUCCCAUGACGGGGUGUGCACCUAUAAUCUGAGACUUCUCCUGCAUGUUGUUUAAUUAUCAUUUGGAAAUUUUAUGGUAGUCAACACCAUACAUGAUUGGGGAUGUGUUUAAUAAUGUUAUUACUCAUUUUUAUUUGCUGCCCUUUAUAUCCCUGCAGCUCAGGUCUGGUAGCAGUUUUCUAGCAAGGUAUAAGAUAGUUGCAUAGAUAUAGCAACACUUUCAGUUGUACAGUGGUACCUCGGGUUAAGUACUUAAUUCGUUCCAGAGGUCCGUUCUGAACCUGAAACUGUUCUUAACCUGAAGCACCACUUUAGCUAAUGGGGCCUCCUGCUGCUGCCGCACCUCCAGAGCCCAAUUUCUGUUCUUAUCCUGAAGCAAAGUUAUUAACCUGAAGCACUAUUUCUGGCUUAGUGGAGUGUGUAACCUGAAGCAUAUGUAACCUGAAGCAUAUGUAACCUGAGGUACCACUGUAAUGAUUUGAAGACACCAGGAUGGUGCAGGUGGUCACUAAUAGGCCUCUACUGCGCUUAUAAAUAAUUAUCAUCUUUCCCUCGUGUAUAGAAGUGGAAGAUUCAAGUAUUAGAACAAGAAUCACAUGUCUUGUUUUGACACUUUUUCAGAUAUGCACACUAUGACUUUAAAAAGUCAUUGAAAAGAGCCAAGAAAUAUAGGACAGCAAUCUGAUAAUGGAAUAGUGAGCAGGAUCUACCUUCUUUUAGAGAGGAUGGUGGUAGCUCUGGCCUAUAAAUAAGCUUGUCCUCUGUUUUGCACCAGAUUGUUUAGGUGAAAUGGAAGCAGAUUUUAAUGCAUUUUUUGUCACCAUACAUAUGUGGGUCACAGAUUUGACAGGCUUCUCUAGAACUGAGUGUAUACAAGAGAGAAGGCAUGCCCAUGUUUCCUGAGAUGAGAAAGAAGCUCAGGAAUCUCUGUUAAAAUAUAUUUAGCCAUGUUAAGUCUUGUAAGAGACACCCCUUUCACCCAUCACAUCUUCUUGCUACUAGUAUGCAGUCCAUCUGCCCUGAACAUGCUGCAUGCUUGUUUAGCUCAUUGACCUGUUGGUAAGCUUUCUGGCUCUGGUGACUGCAUGCUGGGCACUGUGCCAAGAGGUAGGCAACUUCAUUUUGCAAGUGAAGUUACCUGCCUUACAUAAGGUCAUUUGUGCUAGAGCAAUUGUGACUAACCAGUCCGUUUGGCCAUGCGGCACCUGAAAACAAAGGGACCAAAACAAUGUGCCUGUCUGUGCUGCCUGCAACCAUUAGAUUUUUUUUCUGCAGACCCUUUAAUUCCUGACCCUAAGCUGUCUGCACUUAAUACGAUUUCUAACUAUUAGUUCUCAAAAAUGCAGCAUUCCCACACUGUUCCUUAUAGCAGAAAGGAAGAAAUUGCAUUACCAGAAGGAGGAAUGUAACUGAUAGACCUUUGCAAGAGAGCUAUCCAUUUACCAUCUGAGCGGAUUCAACAAGGCAACUCUCAAAUCCAAAUAUGAUGCCAAGGCCUAGGAGAAGAAUCUCAUGUUCCUCACACUCACAGACUGUUCUGGCACUUCUAGUCUGUUCAGUAUUACUUCUCUUGCUGUGUUCUUUUAAGUGCAGCAUAAAAACACACCAAUUUUUCUCAUAUGCACAUGGGAUGGAGGAGAGAAGAGGGUCUCCUCUUGGGCUUUUCUCAGAUCUUUCCCCUCUGUAACUGUUUACAGGUCCAUGCACAAGACUGUCUGUUUUAAUGUUUUAACAUUCUAGUUUUAAGGGCUCUCUGUGUCCAAUUAUACAGUAGCAUAUCUCUGGAAUAUUAACACAUUAAAAGCAAUAUACUUCCAGCAAGGAAAUCUGAUCUUAAUUGGCCCCGGAAUAUUGUAUUUUCCAAACUGAACUGUGAACCGUUCAGUGUGGAGUUUCCCCCCCUCAAGACUAAGGAAAACAUUAGAUUCUCUGUGAAUAAACUGCUCAGAGGAACAAGGAUUUGACUCUUGGCAUUUACCUGUCAAUCUUCCAUUUUCCAGCCUUUUACCCAGAAAUGAGCACAGGAACUAAUUGACUCCUGUCCCUUUCUGUCUCCUUUUCCCCUCCUAUUUAACAUGGUGACUCAAGUUAAAGCAAAGAUAAAAUUCCUGGGGAAGCUGGCAUUAAUCAAAGCUUGGGUUAAAUUAAAUUAAAGGCUUUUUAUUGAACUCAGCAGUAUUAGUUAUUAAAACCAGAAGGCCCUUCCCAGCCAAUGUAAAAAAAGCAAACAAUGACUCACACUGUGGCACAGAGUUUAUUGGGGAAUUAAAAGGCUCGUUUUCUCUUAUUCUGCUGAACGAGACUUCAGACAGUUCCAUGUAAACAACAGCAGAGAUGGAAAACCUGGCAGCCAAUUUCCCUCUGGCGCCCUUUCACCAUUCCUGGGUAGUGGGAUUGGCACUGGUGGAGAGGGCAAGGUGGCGGAGAUAAGCUAGUUUUGGUUUUGGUAGUCUUCUUUCUCUGCCUGAAGUUAUUAUUGCUAUGGUAGUUCAGGAAACUAUUUUGUUGAACAAGCAAAGUUUGAGGAGGGAUUGUUUUUCUCUUGUGGUUUCAAAACCAUUAGGACUGCUCUCUCCCUCAUGUUUUCCCAGGCCGCCUCUGCAGGCAGGUGAAUGAAAAGCAUUCGUUUUGUUUCCAGUGAAAGACAGGGCUCUCACCAUUUAUCAUGAACCUUAUACAUUAGACCAGAGUAAACCCGAGAGAAUUAAAGUGUAUUGGAUAGCCCUGCUGGUGGUCCCAGAAGUUUGGGUAGCUUGACCCCAGGCUACAAACUCAGGGUGUAACUAUAGCUAGCAAAAAAAGAAAGAAAAUAACCAGCUCAUUUCUGAUUACAGGCAGAAUUUAGAGCUGAUCUAACUGGAAAAGGUGGAAACCUGGUUGUACUUGAGUAAAACAAUUAAUUGUGCUGCCAAAGAGCCCUGCAGAACACCAAGCAUAUGUCUCCUUAUGAAUUGGGGGUACAGUUUUGAGGAUCAAAUCAGCCACUCACCUGCUACUUCAUAGCACUAAUUUCCGGCACCGGCAGGUGUAUCGUAUUUUAUUCCCAGGGCAGAACUUGUAUGUUAAGAGGCAACCCAGGAUUUUCAAUCUGAGUUUGUCUGAGAACACUUUAAUUCUGGGUUUGGUGGAGGGCAUAAGCAGGAGAGAACAUCAGCAGGUGAGAAAUGCCUGUGAAUUCUACCCUGUGGCUCACCCAAGACUUUUUAAACUGACUUUUCCUCAACUGGACUCAGACUGGAAGUUUCCAAGCACAAUUCAAAGUGCUGUUUUGAACUAAAUGGCUUGGUAGCUGGGGAUCUAGAGGCCUCUCUUCUCCCAUAUGAAUCUGCUUCAACAUUAAGAUCCUCCUCAGAGGCCUUCUGUAGGUCCCCUUGCCACUGGAAUUAGGGCAGAUGAUGACUGGAGAAAUAAGGCCUUUUCAGUUGUGGUGCCCCAUCUCAGAACUUCCUAUUGAGAGAGAUUUGCCUGGUGCUAUCUGAUUUCUUUUCAACUGAGACAUUUUUUGUUUGUCUAGACUUUUUGAUUUCUCUGUUUUGUCAUGAUCUCCUAUCCCCUCCCUUCAUGUGCUGUUUUAGAUCAUUUUUGUUUUGUUUUAAUGAAGCUUAAGUUGAGGACACUUUGAGGGUUAGCAUUUCCCCCUGCUUUGACUGGUCCCUGAGGUGCACUUCUUGCCUGGUCUCCUUUUGUAUUCUUAAUCCUUUUCCUUUCUCCCUCUUCCCUGCUGCUCCCACUCCACUUGGCCUGCUAGUCUUCUCCUGUACUUGAGCCUGGAAAAGGAAGAGCCAUUGAAAUAAUGAGAUAUAGCACAUUAUUUAUCUCUCUUUGCAAUUCUUUCCAGACCAUGUGCUGGAUUUGCAAGCACUGAUAGCCAUUAAUUGUUUUCUUGGGUUUUGCCAGAUGGUGAAGGGGUGCAGAAUGAACUGAUACCAUUUUCACAAAUCCUAUGUGAUGGGCUCGUCAAGUUGGGAGAGCAGCAUGUCUAUCAGGACGGUGGAUUGUCUGUACAGGAGAGUACAGCAGCUGUAGGAGUUGCUCCUCUGGCUACUGUUAGCACUUUCUAUUCUGCAUGCGGUCUUUGGGCUCCCCUCAGGCUUGCAGCCUGUGCUGCUGGUUUUGUGAUCAAACACUUUUGCCACACUGUAUGGCCUUCCCUUUGAUUUGCCUGUCAAACAACUGGAGUGCACUUUUGAACUAGCAAUGGGGACCCAUGCCUUUCUUGCAACAACAAGCAAUCAAUUUCCUGUGAGUUUUCAACCCUUGUGGCAGUUUCAUUUCUCUCUUUCCCACCUGUUGACUUGUAAACACACCCAUCACUCAGUCCUGAGUCGUUCUGGAGUUUCCAGGAAAGCAAACAUUUAAUGAAAUGGCAAAGGCAUGGAAUAUAUCCAAUGCUCUGUUGCACCAAAGGCAUUGAAGGCCUGGAACACAGUUGCAGUUUGAAGAGAAAGGCCGUCAUAGUUCAGUUCUACACUGAACAUUGCAGAGAAUUGCCACAAUUGCCUACAACUUGCCAAUCAACCAAUAAAAUAAAAAUAAAAUUUAAAAAUGGAAUGUUAUUCUUAGCAGUAACAUAACACUGCCCUGGAUCCAAAGGUAAGUCUAACCUUUUAAAAAUAUUUGAGAGGGUAUUCAAGUAGAUGUGGUAUACAAGAAGUUUCAAAAAGCUUUUCAUAAAUCUCCUUGCUAAAAACUCCCGAGUUAUCCAUAUGAUAAAAGGGAGACAUCCUUUUAUGGAUUACUCUUAUGGUAAAUGGCUAAAGAACAGGGAAAAGAGAGUAGGAAGAAAUGAACAGUACUCACAAUGGGCAGUUAUAAACAGUGGGUUCUCCCAAGGAUUGGCACUGAGACCAGUGCUUUUAAACUUAAGUUUAAGUUUAAGUUUUGGAGUGGUCAUACUGCUUGAUUUCUCAGUGCUUAUGUAACUUCCUUAUGAAAUCCUGCAACUUUUCAUAACACAAAUGUUCUGAGGGGUUCUGUUUUUUUGCAUUAUAGCCCCUACAGACAGUAGCAGCAGUGGGCAAGCAUUGCAGAACAACUCAUAAAGCAGAAUAAAUAUACAACUGAUGUGUUGUAUUGUGUCAAGAACAUUGUGCAGAACACACCCACAAUAAAACACCAGGCUGGAGGGGCUCAUAUGUGUUGAAGGAGUUUGACCUAGUGGUUACUGACCAAGAAAGAGUUAUUGUAGUCAUGGUGGACAGCUCAAAGAAAAUGUCAACCCAGUGUGAGGCAGCUGUGAAAAAGGCAAUAUCUGUGUUGGGGAUCGUUGGGAAGGCAAUAGAAAGUAAAAUUUUCAAUAUUGAAAUGUCUUUAUAGUUCCAUAUAGUUUUGGUCAAUGCAUCUCAAAAAGGAUGCUGUAGAACCUGAAAAGUUUCAGAAAAGGGGAACCAAAAUUAUCAGGGGCCAUGUGUAACUCUCCUAUAAGAAAAAACACAUUUAGGGCAUUUUAGUUCAGGAAAAGUAAGCAGGGGCAUGAAAAAGUUGGCGUGGAGAAAGUGGAUAGAGAGAAGUUUUUUUCCUGUUCUCUCAUAAUGCUAGAACCCAGCAUCGUCUAGUGAAGCUGAGUGGUGGAAGAAUAAGGACAUACAAUAGGAAAGACAUCUUCAUAGAGUGCAUAGUUAAACAAUGGCAAUCAUUACCAUAAAAUGCAGCGAUGGCCACCAACUUAGGCAAACUGGUGCAAUUCACAUCCCAUGGAAGUCAAUGACAAAGGUCCUAUUCAUUUUAGUGGACCUGGAAUCUACUUACAAACCUGGUAAAAAACUGUAUCAUGCACUGCAAGGAGCAUCUGUAGAAAAAGAAGUAACUGUAGUCAAGCAUGCACUGUUUUAUCUGACACAGUGGGAAAAAAGAAAAAUCUGUAGGGUCACUAGUCACUCUGACUGAGGAGAUGGCAAUCUAUCCCUGAACCAUGAAGAUAAAAUGUUUUUUAUUUAUUUAUUUAAAAUAAAAUAUUUGUAUACAAUCUCUCAUUUAAAUGAUACCAAGGUGGUAUACAGUAAGUAAGAAAACCACCACAAUAAAAACAACAAAGUUAUAAAAUCCAGUAAAAGCAACAUAUAGAAAUUGCAGUAGCCAGCAGAAUAAGAAAUCAGGAAGAUAAAAUAUACAAAGAGGAUUGGAAAAUAUUUAUAGAUUAUAUAAGAAACCAGUAUACAUAGAUGAAAAGUUUAGCAGGUUUUAUGUAAAGUUCAUCUGCUUAAGCUAAAACAAGAGGUUAAGAGAGGUAACAAGAUGGGUUUGGAAAUCUCAGAAGAUCCAGAUAGGAAGGCUAACAAAAAGAACCCUGAAAAGAGAGGAAAGGAAGUCCAUUCACAUUUUCUUCUUUGGUUUUUACACACACACACACAACCAAAGUUUUCGUAAAUGUUAAAAUGUAUACUUUUUUCUUUAAUCUUGUAUAUGUUUAAAUAUGUAAUAAGUUCAAAUAAAUAACAGAAUGCAAUAAAAAUGAUUGUCAAACCAAAGUACAGUGGUACCUCGGGUUAAGUACUUAAUUCAUUCUGGAGGUCUGUUCUUAACCUGAAACUGUUCUUAACCUGAAGAACCACUUUAGCUAAUGGGGCCUCCUGCUGCCGCCACACCGCCAGAGCACGAUUUCUGUUCUCAUCCUGAAGCAAAGUUCUUAACCUGAGGUAAUAUUUCUGGAUUAGCGGAGUCUGUAACCUGAAGCGUAUGUAACCUGAAGCAUAUGUAACCUGAGGUACCACUGUAAUAACAAUAACAAUAACAAUAAUAUGCAGUAGCCAGGAAUUGUUAAAUUGGUGUGUGAGGGCCCGGGAAGUGACUGUCUAUAUAUAGUGGAACCUCGGUUGUCGAAUGCUUCGGAAGUCAAAUGUUUCAACUUUUGAACGCCAACAACCCGGAGUGAAUGCUUCCGUUUUCGACUUCCGAGGCACAUUUCUCCAUUUUUUCAAUGGAUUUUGCCAACCAGCAAUUGCACCUCCGUUGUUGAAAAUUUUGGAAGUCAAACAGUUUUCCGGAACGGAUUACGUUCGACAACCGAGGUUCCACUGUAUCAGUUUUUAACCCUCUUUUCCACCAUGGCCAUCCUAUCUGAUGUCACAGUUCCCUGUGAGACUAUUUCUAAUGCUUCAGAGUUAUACUUUUAUAGCACUCUUGCCACCUUGCACUUAAACAUUUCAAUUUGCAUUUCACAAGACACUCUCUUCUACGGCUAUUGGUGCCAUUUGUGAAUGUAAGUACUAAAUGUAACAGUGGAUAAGAACUACAAUCAGGCUUGACCCCCAAAGUGAGCAAGGUAGCAAUAAAACUGUAGAUAUAUGUGGAUCUGCUCCCUUAAUAUUGGAGUAGAAAACAGAAUGUAGUGAGUCAACAGAUAGAAUGUGGUGCCUAUAUAAUUUAUUCUUACAGAAUGAGGAGAUAGUCAUAAUGUGUCAGAAGGAUCAGAGCAUUUUUUUAUAUAUAAAUACAGCACCAGAUGAGUUGGUUAACCAUCUGGGAAGCAUUAAAAAUGAUACGGGUUUUUGUCAGAUGUUUUUUGGUUGCACAGAGGUUCAAAACUAGGAUGUCAACUUUCUCCAUUUUUCUAUUUUAUCAACAGGAGCCUUUUAACCAUUGCUAUUGGAGACAACAUUAAUACUGAACAGACAAAAGUGGGCAGGGGUGACUUUAAUAAUCUAAAUCUAAACUAAAUCUGCUGAUGAUAUUACUUUAUUUGAGAAAUAGAAAUUCUUUCUUUCUUGAUGUUCCUUAUGCCUGGAAUCCUUCCUUCACUGAACACGUACAUGAAGGAUGACGGGAGCUGUAAUAAUCUGAGGGACCACAGUAUGAGCAGAAGUAGUAAGGAUGACAUUUCAAAAAUCUGCUUUGUCUCCUGGAGAGAGGCAAUAGUUAGAUAUUAGGAUUAAACAAGAACUAGAUAAGCAUAUUCAGGAAAACCACAAUACUGAGAAUAUGGAAGAUUAAAGUAGAUUUGUUCAGGUGACUUAUGAAUUGAACUGAAUUUUGCACUGUCAAAAUGAGCAAAAUACCUGAAUACUCAGAUUUUGAUAUCAUGGCAAAAAAGUGGAAUUAAAUUAUAGCACAACUCUAUGAAUAUCUACUCAGAACUGCAUUUCAACUGAAUUCAGUGCAGGACUUACUCCUAGGUUUGUGUAUAUAGGGACUGCAGGUGAUUUACCUGACAGUAAGCUCCACUGAACUUAAUUCUGAGUAGACAUGUAUAGGAUUAUGCUGUUUUGUUUGGGCAAGAAAACGUUCCAGGAUAAUAGUUAGCACUCUUUAAAAUAAAAACGAAUGUGCGUACCAUUAAAAUAUACAAUAUGGGGUGUGUGUGUGUGUUAUAUAUAUAUAUAUAUAUAUAUAUAUAUAUAUAUAUAUAUUCAGAUCUGAUUCAUGUAUUUAAGUCAUAUAGCAUCGUAAGUUUAUGCUAUUGUUUUAGGAAAUAUUCAGACAUGGGCAGAAUAUUACAUCCCAUUAGACCUGCUAGUACAGGUCAAUAGUAUUAAACUGUACACUAAAUUGAACAGCUUUUUAGGUUAGUAUUUAACUAGUUAAUGGAAAGCACAGGAAAGGGAGAGUGCUUUUGUACUCAGGGUCUGCUUUCUUGCAGGCAUCUUGUUUUGCCGCUGGCCUUUAGCCUGAUCCAAUAGGCUCUUACUAUAUUUUAGUUGUAAUUAGAAUAUACUCAUGGAAAUUCAUGGACAAGUUAUUCAUGACUAACCUCUGUUCUAAUCUAUCAUGAAGUUUGAUAAAACCCAUAGAUUACUUAUGUUUCUGUAUAUUAUUAAGAAACAUUCAUUUCUAGUAGUAACUCCACAGGUAUGCAAAGUAUAAUUACUACAGAUGACUUUUGGAUCUGAUUAUUGCAACAUAUACCUUGAUUAGUAUUGUGUAUGAACAUGGGGGGAAGGUUUUAAAUAUAAAAUCUAGUACUGAUAGCACUUUACUCUGUUCAGAUUAUGCAGAUUAUAUACACUAAGGGUACCACAUUUUAUGGAGAUGGAGAUGGCUGUGAGCUAAUCUUGCUCAUAUUUUAUGGAACUAUCAAAAUAUUUUUCCCCAUAUUGGAAACCAGUCUUAGAACAUGUUAUUUAUUUUAAGCAAUUCUUAUCGUAGCCUUCAAUCCAAGAAUCCCCAGAGCAUUUUGCAGUAAAAACCUGAAAACGAUAACCAAAAAAGUUAACACGGCUUAGGAAUUAAAAGAGUUUCACCAGGUGUGUCCAAAAGAUAGCAGAAUAGAUGUCAGGUGAAUUUUCAUAAGGAGGGAAUUCCAAAGCUGGGGUAGACCCUAUCUCCCCACUCAGCAGUUAUCAGAAGACCAUUGAAACUAAUCUUAAUACAUGGGUAGGCUUGCGGGAGAGAACACAAUCUUCAUGUUACCUGGUUUCUGCUCAUUCAAGGUUACUAGAGUAAUAAUCAGAUAUUACAUACGAUUAAACUUGCUUCCAGUGUCAUUUGGAUAUGUAAAACACAUAUUGUUUUGGAUGAUUGGAGAAAACUGUACAGUUUUUGACAUUAGGCAGAAUGUUAGUCAUUUGGAUAUGAGGGGUAAGGGGACAACAUAGUUCUACCAUCUACAGUAGAGUGUGGGUGAGAGAUCCAUGAUCAGUAGAAAUAUUACUAAUUUUUUAAACUGGCAACAUAUGAAAUAGUAUGCAACCAUAACUAUAGUCAUCUGAUGAUUAUGGAGUUAAAUAUGUUAUUAUGGGGUUGAACAAGACUCCAUCCUUAAACUUUUCUACGUGGUUCCUUUCCAAUUCUGUCCUGUGCUAUUCCAGCAAUAAACAACCUGUUUUGUUAGACUGUAAAUAAAGUGAGUAGAAGUUUUAUUUUUAUACAGAAAAGGUGUUCCUAUAUAAAAGUAGUAGUAAGAAAUCCUAGCAAUCUUAUUGGAAAGUUGAAGAAUUUGAUCCAGAGAAUGAGAAUUUGGCAGCAAUACGUUGAAAGAUUAGGCCACUGUUUUAAUGAUCGGGACAAACAGAAGUCAGUCUUCUUCUGCAAAACACGCUCUCUCUUGAGAAGUUUGUUGCAAUCUCAGACGCCAGAAGACAAAAUCUGGCAGAUCUGCAGAAGAUUGUAACAGAACAUUAUACCCCACAGUCUAACAUUACUGUAGAAUGUUUUAAAUUCCAUUAUAGGAUAAGAAGGGAAGGGAAGCAUAUAUCUGAAUAUGUGGCUGAACUCAAAAAGUUAGCUGCACGCUGCUCACUUGGCAAUGUCCUGGAGGAUAUGUUGAGAGAGGGGUUUGUUUGUGGAGUGAAUAACGAUAAAAUUCAAAGGCAGUUUGCUGGCAAAAGGAAACCUGACUUGGUCCAAAUUGGCAACAGCGGUGAGGAACUUAAAGGAUUUACACCUACAUUCUAAAAAAACCCCAGAUGGAAUACAUGAACAGUGUACAAACCUCACAAUAGCUGUAACCCCUUCUAGACAAAACAGCUUUGUCAUGCUUAUCCAUGGUCUGGUAACCUCAAAAUUAGACUACUGUAAUGAGGUGUGCAUGGGGCUGCCUUUGAAGAUUAUCCAAACUAGUGAAGGUCAUUCAGAAUAUAACUGCAAGGUUGCUAAUGGGGAUUGGACACUGGGAAUGUAUCCCUUCAGUUUACUUUGAUCAUUGCCAGAAGCUCUUCUUAGGUUGCCCCACUGAAUGAGGUUGUGGUGGAUGGUGACUAGGUGACUAGGAUGAGGGCCUUCUUGGUGGCAGGACCCCAUCUAUGGAAUGGUCUCCUCAGAGAGGCUUGCCUGAAAUCAAGAUAUAUACAAUGUCCAUAGCGUUCCCCUGAUCCACCAAGCUUUGUAACUCUAUAAAAAAAGAAAGAAACCAGAAAUGAGAUUUGUCUGGCAUGACUUGUUUUUCAGAAACCAAUGCUAGCUCUUAGUAAUCACAUCACCCUUUUCUAAGUGCUCGCAGACCAGCUGUGGAAUUAUCUUUUCUAAGACCUUUCUUGGUAUCAAUGUCCAGCUCACCAGUCAGUAGUUACCUGAGUCUUCUUUUUACUCCUUUUUGAGGAUGGAGACAUUUGCCCGCCUCCAGUCCACAGGGACUUCACCUAUUCUCCAAUAAUUCUCAAAGAUUAUAGACAGAGGCUCUGAGAUUAAAUCUGCAAGAUUCUUUAGUACCCUUGGGUGCAGCUCACCAGGCCCUGGAGAUUUGAAUUCAUUUAAAGUAGCUAGGUGUUUCCUUGCCACCUACCGUAUUUUUCGCCCUAUAGGAUGCACUUUUCCCCCUCCAAAAAUGAAGGGGAAAUCUGGGUGCGUCCUAUGGGGUGAAUGCAGGCUUUCGCUGAAGCUUGGAGAGCGAGAGGGUCGGUGUGCACCGACCCUCUCGCUCUCCGGGCUUCAGGAAGACAUCCGCAGCCUAGGCAGCCCUGCGGGAGGUCCCGCAGGGAUGUCUAGGCUGCGGAUAGCAGCCUGCUUCCCGGAGCGUCGGGCGCCCUGAAAGCAGAGCGCCCGGCGCUUCGGGAACACAUCCGCAGCGUGGGGAGCCCUGCAGGAGUUCCCCGCAGGGCUCCCCACGCUGCGGAUAGCAGCCUGCUGCCCGGCGAGCGGGGCGCCCUGAAGCAGAGCGCCCCUCGCGCUGGGCAGACAUCGGCCAGCCCCACAAGCUCGGGGGACAGCAGGGAGGCGCAGCGCCGCCAUCCUGCUGUUCCUCGACCUUGUUCGGUUUCCCCGACCUGCUUUGGGGGGGGGGGAAUAAAGGACAUUUUUUUCCCUUUAUUUCCCCCCCAAAAAACUAGGUGCGUCCUAGGGGACGGAGCGUCCUAUGGGACGAAAAAUACGGUAUUUUCCUAUCUUGGGCUUCAGCUCCCUCCUUGUAUCAUUUUUUAUCACCAGUUGGGCAUUGUUUUCCUUUUGGAAGAAAAACAGAGCCAAAGUAGGUGUUUAGUGGUUCCACUUUCUCUCUGCCACCCAAUAGCAUUUCUCCAUCUUCUCCAUGCAUAUGACUUAUUACUUGCUUGUUUCUCCUCUUGCUUCAAACAUAGCUGAAGAAACCUUUAUUAUUAUAGUGCAGUAACACUGAAACAUUGGCUGUCCCUGUUUUGGAAAUGAUAACAAGAAGAGGCACUGGGACAAGUGAAAAUAAGAAGCAUUCCAAAUAUCAAAGUUGUUAACUCAGAUCCUCAGAGCUCUUGGUGCAUUUUAAUCCCAUAAAGAAGCAAUCAUUUCCUAUAUAUUUUAUCAUGAAAUAGGAUCAGUGUUGCUCAUUGAACAAUAAGGUGGAAUGUCCCUUUAGAUAUGACCCAUUAAGUAUAAAUAAAAAGUGCCGUGAUCUGUAGCUUGAAGAAGAGAGCCUCACAUUAAAGAAUUCCAUCAAUCUAUGUACUGGAAACUUUUCACUAUUGUAACAAACUGUGAAGUGUGCUGGGCUAUGGUAAGCACAAACUAUAUUAAUAGAUGUGAAUUGGGAGAGCAGAGCCAGUUGUUUCUGAUAAUCAUCACCUGAUCCUGAUCUCCGUGGUGGAUGGGUAGAGGAAAGGGAGGGCCGCCUUUGUCACUAGAUGGGCGAUGCUAAAAAGGCCAAAUAUAUAUAAAUUUUCUUUCUUCACUUACGAAAUAUUGGUGUGUAUUUGUGUGUAUGUAAGUGUGUUUGGGAUUAUAUUAUGUUCAGACUUUCCAAAGCUGGAGCAGGACUUAAAGCCAAUAGCACAACUGAAGCAGAUGCUUUUCUUUCUGAGAAUGGGGAAAAAAUCCAGUCCAUGGAAAAGUAGCAUAUUCCAGGAAAAUAACCUCUUGCAGGGGAUGGCACUGCAGGGAGCCUGGCUUCUCCCUUUCAAAGAAAAUGCAAAUAAAAAAAAGGAAUCAGAAGUGGUCAGGCAGCUGGGGAAGGUGGCAACUGGCCAAUGAGGUUUCAAUAUUUACUUCUUUUCUUACUGUUUUCCUUUCUGUUGUUCUGUUUUUAGCACCCCAUCAUGAAUUCAAAAUGUUAGCUCGGGUGCCUGUAUCGGGUGCCUAAGACUCUUUGCCACCUUUAUUAGGCCAACUCCAUCCACUCCAGUCCAGAAAUAAACUGAGACUCCCUGAUUAUUUAGUCCGUAGACUGUUCACUGUUUUUACUACACCUCAGCAAAAGUAUUGAUGAACCAAUGCAGAUUGAUACACUGAGGUUGAAUCCUGACAAGACAGAAGUACUGUUUUUGGGGUACAGGAGGCGGGCAGGUGUGGAGGAUUCCCUGGUCCUGAAUGGGGUACCUGUGCCCCUGAAGGACCAGGUGUGUAGCCUGGGAGUCAUUUUGGACUCACAGCUGUCCAUGGAGGCACAGGUCAAAUCUGUGUCCAGGGCAGCUGUUUACCAGCUCCAUCUGGUACGUAGGCUGAGACCCUAUCUGCUUGCGGACUGCCUCGCCAGAGUGGUGCAUGCUCUGGUUAUCUCCCGCUUGGACUACUGCAAUGCGCUCUACGUGGGGCUACCUUUGAAGGUGACCCGGAAACUACAACUAAUCCAGAAUGCGGCAGCUAGACUGGUGACUGGGAGCGGCCGCCGAGACCAUAUAACACUGGUCUUGAAAGACUACAUUGGCUCCCAGUACGUUUCCGAGCACAAUUCAAAGUGUUGGUGCUGACCUUUAAAGCCCUAAACGGCCUCGGUCCAGUAUAUCUGAAGGAGCGUCUCCACCCCCAUCGUUCUACCCGGACACUGAGGUCCAGCUCCGAGGGCCUUCUGGCGGUUCCCUCACUGCGAGAGGCCAGGUUACAGGGAACCAGGCAGAGGGCCUUCUCGGUAGUGGCGCCCUCCCUGUGGAAUGCCCUCCCACCAGAUGUCAAAGAGAACAACAACUACCAGACAGGCGGCCCUGUUUAGGGAGGCUUUUAAUGUUUGAUGUAGUACAGUAUUUUAAUAUUUUUUUGGGAAGCCGCCCAGAGUGGCUGGGGAAGCCCAGCCAGAUGGGCGGGGUAUAAAUAAUAAAUUAUUAUUAUUAUUAUUAUUUAUUAUUAUAUACUUGAUUUACAUUUCCAUUCCAAACCAUUGCCCCCAGAGUUGAGGUUUGUGCUGCUUUCAUGAGGGUGGCAGCAGCAACAGGGUGGUACUUAUUUGCGGAAUAUUUCUGGAUCCCAGAUUGUUCCUCUUUAGAGUGCAGACUGUCAGUUGCCAUAACAGCUGUAUAACAACAUGAAAUAAUACUUGUAGCCUUCUAGCCUACAAGUACAACAGCCUGUGGAGAAGACGGCUGCUGAUUUAGCAACUGGGCUACCCACCCAGUACCUAUUCAAAAUGAAAUACGUUGUGUUCCUUUCUAGGUUUUCCUGCUAAAAACAAUUUUUUAAGACUCGUCUGGGUUCAACAAAAACAUGUUGUUUUUUCUCUUCCUGAAAUAGCACUAUUUAGCUUUGCCUUUGGAUGUGCAUAUAAAUGAUGCCAUGGACAUUUGAAUUUUUUCUCCAAUGAAGGAGCUGAAGGCCUUUCCUCCCUCAUUUUCUUGGUGAUUAUUGUUUUAGAAAUUAUGUUCUUAGUGCUUAUGCUUUGAGAAUGACCAAGGCCUGUGUGGAGAGCCUAAAGUUGAAACGGUGUUAGAAAAGGAUAAAAGCAAAUUCCCCAACUUCCUGUUUCAUAUGAUCCCAUCCACAAGGCCAGAAUGAUCAAAAAUAAAAGUUGCCUAGAGAGCUUUUCUCCAUUUGCACCAGGUGUGCUGGAUCACUUCCUUUUGUACCCAGGAAGCCCAAGGGCAAAAUGUGUACAUUAUCUCAGCAAGCACAUGUUUUCAACCCCGUGUCGACUGAGAUAAUGGUAAUACUGUAGUUGGAUCAAUGGACAGAUAGGUGUUCUUAAUUCACCCUGUCCUGUGCCCACUGAUUCUCCACUACAUAUCCCCCCAAACAAUUUUACCCUAGUUGGCUUUCAUCCAGUUUUGAAGCCUGGCUGUGGGAAAAUGAUUAAAAUUUCCUGGAAUGUCUUCUUUGCAGAAGGAUAAGCACCCUAUUUACUUCAAGUUUUGCCUGUAAAUGCUCAUGUUAGCACACUAGCCUUCUUAGAGCAUACUUACCUUGGUUCCUUGUCCCGGUUCCUUACUGGCCUGUUAGCUGCUACUCUGUUGCUUUGCUUCAUGAAGUACCCUUUUUGCAAACCAUUAGCCUAAAUUAGCCACCAGGUUCUCUAACACAGUGUGGACACCUGCAGCCCACUGUAUCUCUCUAACUUUAUUCUCUCACAUUGUAUUCUUCCUAACUUUGCUUGUAUCCUUUGACUUGGUAUUUUGAAACAUCUGUCCUGGCCCAGAUCUGCGUCUGGACCCUGUUUGGAAUUGUUAGCCAUAGUCUGGGAAUCAUCCUUUCAGUAAUGGCAUCAUGAGAUGAAGAAGUAUUUAAGCAUUUCUAUUAAUUAUGAGGCACAAAUUGCUAUGUCAAUGUUUGCUGAACAUUCCCUGGUUAUACAGGCAAUUGGUUAAUUGAUAUUAAUAGUCACAUGCUUGUGUUAAUUACUGUAGUAAUAUUUAAUGUCCAUAUUAUCCAAACAUUUCAAAUCUCCAGGCAUUAUGAGAGCACUUUUUUCUUGAAUUGUGUGUGCUGGAUUUGGCAGAAGAUUAGCAACAAAGUAGGCCCAUUGGCAUGUGCUUCAUCCUUGUGGUCUAGGAGAACUGAUCGUACUCACAUAAAAUUCUCUCUCGCACAACUGCUGUCUGUAACAAUGCUGAGGCCUCCAUCUUGAGUAUUCAUGGGACUGAAAUCCAAUAUGCAUCAAUGUUCUUUGUGCAAAAGCUUUUAAAAAAGCUUAGCUUUGUGCAAAAGCUAAAAAUGCUAAAUUAAACAAAAGCAGAAGGGAGAAGAGGCAUACAAAGAACAGCAGAGAGCUCUUUCUGCUAAGAUUGGCAGUGAAAUGGUGUCCAUGAAGCACAAACUCUUAAUGGAUGGAAUCCUUGUUGCUUUGAUAAGUUGAGGCGAGUGGAGGGACCAAGGCAAGGUUUUCAUGCCAGCAUAAUUAUAUAAAGCGAACAUAAGAGCCUGUGGUGAGUAAGAUGGACUUUAUGAUGUCAGCUCUCCGCUAAUGAGUUCCCUCCAUUUUGUGGGACAGAGUGUCUUUUUGAAAACAUUUGCUCUCUAACCAGCACAAAGAUAAUCCUGUGAAAAUAUGUUCUGAAGAUCCCAUUAAAAGGGAAUGUGUGACCUGGCUUCCACAGUCAACUGCCCAGACUUAUCCUGUGUUAUUGUUUCCAAAUGGGGACACUUGGUAUUCUUAUUUUUCUGAACAAGCCAGGCUAAGAGUGAAUAAUAGCCCCAUGCAAGUAAAGGAAAACUUCAACAACAUGGGUUCAUCGGGGAGUAUAAAAUCUUUUUACAGCCUUGGCAAAUAAUGAAGAACCCCUCUGAGCUAUUUUGCCAGCCUUAUGCCAAACACCCAGAACAUCUUGAGCCAUUACAGAUAGGCUUUCUGGAGACCUUCUCUUGGUCUUGGCUUUUUCUAUAGGCGGGGAGAGGGGAAUGAGCUGAUCCCUCUGGCACCCGCAGAACAGCAUUUCUACUGGGUCUCACCCUGUGUGAGGAUAUUGCAUGCUGUGCUAUGAGGGUCAUAGAGUAUUAUUUUACACACAUGCACUCCACCCUUUUAAGAUGCCUCCAGAACCAGAGUAAGACAACAGUUCAUGGCGCUGUUGAUUUGGGUAUUUCAUGUCCAAAUACUGGUCAAAGCCUUUCCAGACUAUGAUAUUGCUGCUAAUUUCACCAUCUGCCAAAUAUUACUGCUUGAGGGUUUGGCACUUUCAAGAGUAGUGUUCUUUCUGAUGAUAAAACUAGCUUGGAAAGCUCUGGUUGCUUUGUAUAAUAUUUGUAUAACACUGAGUCCUGACCUGCUGGCACAAACAGUCUCCUUCUGGCCCAUUGUGUCAGUCACAAGAUGGAUAAUUUAGUCGUCAUAGAGCUAUGUACCAAUUUAUUAAAAUCUGUAUAUUUUGCCUUUUGGCUGCAUUAUGUAUAUGCUUGCAGCCCUAUAAGCAGCACCUCUUCCAGCAGGAGGUAACAGAGCACUGACUGCAGAGGAGCAGCUGGAAUACUAGCUAUGGGCUGUGGGUAAUCAGAAGAAAAGCUGCAACUAUCUUCCAGAAUGUAAACACCCUUAUAGCUUAAUGGACCUAUUUACAUUGAAGGAGACCAGGAAACGAAAUUUGUUAUGUUGUUCCAAAUAAGCCUGUGCAGAUGGUAAGCAGAACCAGACGAGCCAGUGAUCUUGAGUGCAAUGGAUUUUCCUUUGGAAAGUGCUUGAUUUUAUCAGGUUGUUUACUAAACUGUCACAACAAGGCAUGAAACCAAGGAACCCUUGUACAUGCCGAUACUGGCAAUGUGUUCCUGAGAGUGGGCAGUGAUGGAAACAUGCCUUAGUUGGCUUCCCACUCUGAAUUAAAUGAGUUAAAGUGAGUCAGGUUUUUCUCAUACCUCUUGAGAAUGUCCUGGCACAUUUGGGUAGGUGUGUGCAUGGUGGGAAUCAGUCUUGACCAAAACAAAUGGCUCCACUGGAUACCUGCUGCAUGUCUUCUACAGGCAAGUCAGGUGGGAUUUUCCUAUUGUCUCUAGGGGAAAUAGUCCCUUAUUUUAUUUUAUUUUAUUUUGCCCAGGGCAUAUUGUAAGGGAGCAACAUCUGUCCCAGGUUGGGAGGGGAGCUCUUGCUCAGGAAACUGGGAAGUUUACUACAGCAGAAUUGAAAGCAGUUAAGUUGCACUCUUGUCUCCCAACUGGGAGCUAAGAACCAUUGCAAAAUAUUCCAUCCACCCCCAAUCCCGUAGGCUCUGCGUGUAGAUUUACAAUUAAAUUGGUUCUGGUUAGCAAACGAGAACAGGACAGUUAAAUUGAAUUUUCAGAAGAAUGUUGUGAAUCCUAUGUGAAAAAAAUAACCUCCCUCCUUGCUUUUCCUGCUCAUCUUAUUGCUGCAGUUCACUCUUAUCCAUCUCUCUCACUAAGAAUCCUUUCUACUGGUGAAGGCACUGGUUCGCAUGAAUGAACCUUUCCUCUUACUUGUCCCUCUUGCUCAUUAAAACAUUAGAAGAACAGUGCUGACUAAACCCUAGGACCCAUCUAGUCUCACAGAGGCCAGUGAGAUAGAUGCUCAUAGGAAGCCCAUACGCAAGGCAUAUCACUCUCCCUCUUAUGAUUCUCAGCAACUGGUAUUAAAGGCAUACUCAUACCCAUGAGAAUGAUUACCAACCUUGCAAUCCUAAGGUUCCCAGAUGUUGCACUUUUGAGAUCUUGCUCUGGAGACGAGUGUGGUCUGAAUGUCAGAUGCCUUGAGGAUACAUCCUCUUUGAAGCACUCCAAGAAACCUCCCUAGUUCUGUUUUGUGUUGGAGGCUGGUUUAAAGCUUUUGGUGGCAGCAGGAGAAGAGAACUAGGACUUCUUGCUUGAUGGCCUUUGGAAUGGGUAUCACUUAGUUGUUUACGGCUCUUGCUAUGCAGUGAAAUGCUGCAAGUUACAGGAACUGACCCCAAACCCUCCCAUUGCUUAGCACAUGCAGAAUGAUCUGAUGCAAUAUAAAUUUUAAGCAUGUCAACUACUAAUCCCUUCUUCUCCAAAGUGUCAGGUUAUAGAGCUGCAAGCAUAUACAUAAUGCAGCCAAAAGUGGGUUCUGGAUCACGGGCUCUACUGGUCAAAACGGGAAUAUUUUAUUUAUGUUAUUUUCACUUUGACCCCCUUGGAAUAUUUUGCUGCCGCCCCCCAAACCAUAUGGCCCCCGGUUGGGAAACACGUAUAUAAAGUCUUUAAAAGGCUGUCAGCACUUGACUUCCAGUGGCUCUCCCUCUCCCGCAGGAGAGCUGUUGGCAACAUUUAAAGGGCCUAUAGCCUAUUCUGCAGUCAUGUGCUCCAGCAUGGUGGAGAAGCAAAAGCAGCUGCAGCUGCUUUCUCAGAAAACACUUGCUGAUUGGAUGGGUCCAAUAUUUAGCAUCAAAUCUAUGUAAUUUAUUUUCUUUAGAAUUGCUGAGUGCCAUGCAUAUAUGCUCGCUGACCAGUGUUGUUCGGCUGAUGCUUUAUUUAUUUAUUUAUUUAUUAUUUUAUUAAAUUUAAAUCCCACUCUACUUCCCAGAGGACCCCCAAAUUUGGUGAUUCAGUUCUUCAACCAACCAACCAACCAACCAACCAGCCAGCCAGCCAGCCAACCAACGCCUUACAAAAUGCAUAUAAUUUAGGGCAGGCUUCCGCAACUUCUUUUUUUUUUUAUAAGAUAUUUAUUAAGAUUUUCAAAAUAUUACAAAAUAAAAAGAAAAAAGAAAAAAAUACAAAAUAAAAAUGGUUAAAAACAACUCAAUCUUUCCAUUACUUAUUUUUCGUUAGCUUGUUUCCCGGACCUCCUCACGCCUCCCUUUUUUGUAUUCCAGUUCGGUUUGUUGGUUCAGCAAAUCCUUACCCUCUUUGUUUAUCCUAGUCUUUAAUCUUAAAAUAUUGUAACGUUAAAUUUUUACCUAUUAAUAAUCCAUUUUUCAUAUUCCCUUAUAGUAUUACAGCUGAAAGCCACUUAAUUUCUAUCCAACAUCAUUCUAACAUUCAUUAAUUUUACAAUAUUUCUGUAGAUAGUCUUUAAAUUUCUUCCAAUCUUCUUCCACUGACUCUUCUCCCUGGUCUCGGAUUCUGCCAGUCAUUUCCGCCAGUUCCAUAUAGUCCAUCACCUUCAUCUGCCAUUCUUCCAGAGUGGGUAGGUCUUGUGUCUUCCAAUACUUCGCGAUGAGUAUUCUUGCUGCUGUUGUUGCAUACAUAAAAAAAGUUCUAUCCUUCUUUGGCACCAAUUGGCCGACUAUGCCCAGGAGAAAGGCCUCUGGUUUCUUCAAGAAGGUAUAUUUAAAUACCGUUUUUAAUUCAUUAUAGAUCAUCUCCCAGAAAGCCUUAAUCCUUGGGCACGUCCACCAAAGGUGAAAGAAUGUACCUUCAGUUUCUUUACAUUUCCAACAUUUAUUAUCGGGCAAAUGAUAGAUUUUUGCAAGCUUGACUGGGGUCAUGUACCACCUGUAUAUCAUUUUCAUAAUAUUCUCUCUUAAGGCAUUACAUGCCGUAAACUUUAUACCUGUGGUCCAUAACUGUUCCCAGUCAGCCAUCAUUAUGUUAUGUCCAACAUCUUGUGCCCAUUUAAUCAUAGCAGAUUUCACCGUUUCAUCCUGAGUAUUCCAUUUCAACAGCAAGUUAUACAUUCUUGACAAAUUCUUAGUUUUGGGUUCUAACAGUUCUGUUUCCAAUUUUGAUUUUUCCACCUGGAAGCCAAUUUUCUUGUCCAAAUUAUAUGCCUCCAUUAUCUGAUAAUAAUGAAGCCAGUCUCACACUUUAUUUUUUAAUUUUUCAAAACUCUGUAAUUUCAGUCUAUCUCCAUCUUGUUCCAAAAUUUCCCAAUAUUUCGGCCAUUUGGCCUCCAUAUUGAGCCUUUUCAGAGCUUUCGCUUCCAUCGGUGACAGCCACCUUGGGGUUUUAUUUUCCAAUAAAUCCUUGUAUCUUAUCCAUACAUUAAACAAUGCUUUCCUGACAAUAUGAUUCUUGAAUGCUUUAUGUGCUUUGACCUUAUCAUACCACAGAUAUGCAUGCCAUCCAAAUACAUUGUUAAAACCUUCUAAAUCCAAAAUGUCUGUGUUUUCAAGAAGCAGCCAUUCUUUCAACCAGCAAAAAGUUGCUGAUUCAUAGUAAAGUUUAAAGUCUGGCAGGGCAAAUCCACCCCUUUCCUUUACAUCAGUUAAUAUCUUAAAUUUUAUUCUGGGCUUCUUGCCCUGCCAGACAAAUCUAGAAAUGUCUCUCUGCCACUUCUUGAAGCAAUCCAUUUUGUCCACAAUUUGCAAUGUUUGAAACAAAAACAACAUUCUAGGCAUUACAUUCACAGGCUUCCGCAACCUCGGCCAUCCAGAUGUUUUUGGCCUACAACUCCCAUGAUCCCUAGCUAGCAGGACCAGUGGUCAGGGAUGAUGGGAAUUGUAGUCUCAAAACAUCUGGAGGGCUGAGUUUGAGGAAGCCUGAUUUAGGGGAAAUGCAUUACAUGAAUAUUUGGGGGGGAAGGAGGACACACACAUACAUAUGCACUAGUUUGGAAGACUGAGCAACAUAAUUUCUACCAGUGCUCCUCCUUCCACCCUGAGAUUUUCAGUGCAAAUUAGAUAUUUUUUUAAAAAAGAAUUUUUAUUAAAGAUUUUCUUGGUUUACAAAAGUACUCUUUUUUCAGGUUGUAGAGUCUUUUCUACAGAUCAAUUAAAUUUGAUGUGGGGUAGUAAAAUUUAUAUUCAUUUACUUAGUUUAUAUGUGGAGGUUUUGUGUCUGCGUCAUUUGGGUAGGUUCUCUUUCUAGUCAUUUAUUAUUUUUCCUUGGCAGUGAGAUAAAUUAGAUAUCUCAACAUUAAUGAUAAGAGCCGAUUUCCUACAGAAUCACACGUACAACAGGAUUACAAUUCUAUUGGGAAAUUCUUGGUAGCAGGUUUUAUUACACAUCAAAGCAAGUUCUGUAUCUUGUGGUCAAUUAAUUAAGCAAAUGGGACUCUUCUGGCUAAGUACAGAGCUAUCAGAAAAAAAACUUGGAAACUGAUAGCUCUGCCAUUAAAAUUGGAAGAUUCAAGGACAAUAACUAUACAGGCUUCUUUUGAUAUACAGGGGAGUCGAACCAGACACCUUAAUGCUACUGUACACACCACAAGCUCUCACCUUUUUUCAUGCCUGCUUCUUCAAACGCUGCCCAUGUGCUCUGCAUUUAAGGAGCCUACAAGUCCCUGCCCCCCUGCCUCUAUUACAUGCCAUGUGUGGAUUAGAUGGAAGGUUUGGGGAGUUAUUUAGUUAGAAACUGCUGUUCAGUUUUGGAAUAUUUGUUUGACUAAGGCGAUGCUCAUAUUUGUAUUACUUGAUUUUAAAAUGUGGCUUUAAGGAAUACUGUAGUAGAUAAAGCUCAAGAUGUGUUCAGUUAAACCUGAAAAUGCUUUACUCCGGGAUGUUGACCUUUUGCUCCCCUCUCCGCCAAGGGCUGUCUCUCCUUGCAAGUUGCUCUGGCAGGAAUCAAAUUCCUUUGGGGGCUUUAGUAGCAGCUCGUUCUUUCAUCUAAUCAGGUUUAAACUCUGACAAGAUAUUUGUACAAUCCCUGUCUCAAAGGGCAGGCCAAUGACACCAUUAACCUAAUCCUCCCUUCUUGUUUUCCACUUUAAUGGUACUCAUAAGCUCGAAACAGGGAAAAUAUUUGGGCAGUAAUAUUUGUACAAAAGACAACAGUAAUAAGAAUGGCGUGUUGAUAGAAUCUGUGCUGCGUUUCUGUUGGAGUUGGGGAAGCCAUCUCAUUCCUCUUCCUGUGUAUUAAGAAUUGCUUUGAAUGUGUUUGCCACCUCUCUGGAGCAAAGGCACCAUGGCCCAUCACUUAUCAUCCACUGUCUAACAUAGAGGCUAAACUUUAGAAAGUCGUCCUGUUUAAAAAUAGGCCAGGAAGCGGAAAAGACAAAUGGAGAGAUAUCAGAGGAUAAAGGUAUAUUGUAGGAACUGGGUUAGGCAAGGAUGUCCACUAUUGCAUCGGCCAUUGCUAUAGCUUCUAGUAUAUUGGGUACCAUCUGUGGGGGGUUGCAGAUCUGAGGUUAUCCAUUUCUGUUGGACAAGUGGAAACAUGUAGUGGGUCAGUUGUCUUUCUUUAGAAGGGUUAACACAAGUGAGCUGAUGCCAACAAUGUAGUACUUGAGAAAUAAGGGUUUUCUCGGCACACUGUACGCACACAAAGCACACUGAUUAGAUUGGGAUGCUGAGCCAACUUAUCACUGUAAUAUUGUGGCUAGGGAACUGAAUUGCAAAAUUUGGAGAAGUGCAAAUUUCAAAGGAUGUCUGUGUUUCAGUCCAUGCACUGUAUAGGAUAAUGUGGAUUAGGUAAAUUCUCAUUUAAAUGUGAACUGAAUACAAAUUCACCGCCACCUCCAGUGCCUUGUUCUAGACUUCAGAUACAGCCGAUAUCCUACUCUACUGCAGUUAUACUAAAUCAUAGGGCUGUUGGAUAAUGUCAACAGAGUUGCAUUGAGCUGUAAUAUUAUAGAAUAUAGUCCAAAUAUGUUUUGUUGAUAUUUGGUAAUAACAGUCCAAAACAGUACAAAAAUGGGCGGACGCAUUUGAUCCAGCCUCUGGGAUUUGCUUUUAUGACCAUUUAAGUUCAAUCAGAUUUGAGAAGAAUUAUACAAUCACUGGGUUGAAUCAUUAGGGGGGUAGAUAGUAUGGAUAUGUGUCAUUUCCCAAAUUAUAAGACCUUUGGUGCUGGUGAUCAGGUACAUAACACAAGUCUUUAGGGGCUGCUUUCAUGUAGCCAGAGGCCAUGACUUCAGCUCUAGGUGAGCAUUUUCCUGCCAUGACUGGGUUUAUUCAAAUGCUGCCUUGGAUGUAUGUGCAAAGCAACAUUUCUUCUUUAACUUCCUUCUUUAAAGGCUAAGUCAGCAUUUGGAGCAUGGUUUUAAUUAGGGAUUUCAGAUUGAAACAUUUCCGGUUUCGUGUGUGUGUGUGUGUGUGUGUGUGUGUGUGUUUUCCUUAGGACAGUUUUCAGUUAAAAUGUUUUAGAGUUUUGAAAAAUACCAGAUGCCCAACUCUCAGUGUGCAAAAGAAAUGUAAAAAAUCCACCAGUCCCUCUUGGUUCUUGGGCAGAUCCACGUGUGUGAUGUUGGCAGAACCACAAGAGUUGGGGGUGACAGAAAGGAGGACAACAGGAUCAGGCAAGCCACAAUAAGGUUUGUUUGUAAUGGCAUUCAGCUGCAGAGCAAGGCUAAAGAGAAAAGAAAAGCACCCCAAACUAUCCAGGUACAAGCUAGAAUGUAUUCUCAUGUUGUUUUCUCAAUAUCAAGAACUUAAGGUGCAAUUACUACUAGACCACAGCCAUCAGGAUCUCAAGCAAAGCUUCUUUGUGCAGCUCUACAGGGCUUCUCAAAGCUGGAAGGAUGCAGAUAGCCAUAUUAUCCAGAACACAUAGAUUCAAAUGUAAUAAAAUGUCCUGGAAACAGAGGUGGUUAAAAACUAAAAACAAACUCAGUUUGCAAAUCACUUUCACACAUUGUUGCAGCAUGCAAUAGUAAAUGACCGCAGACUUAACCUGCAGUGAUCCUCUUUGCCGGUGAUACCAUUACCAUCUGCCAAGCCUCCUCUAGCAGGAAGGAGAGAACACUUUCAGUGUCAGGCUGGAUGGAGUUAGGGCUACUACCCAUCACCAACCUGGGCUCCCAUCCAGUACUACUGCAUGCUGCUACCACCAUGCAGUAGCACCAGUCACCCAUACAGGUGGCAAUGGCGGCCUCUGCCAGCACUUUUGAAUGGAACUGAUUUGUCAUAUUGGUUUAUAUAGAGCCCAGAUUGGGUCUACAGUUGGAUCCCAAAGAUGGAACCCAGCCAUUGUGGGUAGGUAUUGUUAAGUUGUGGGUUGACAUAGCAGACGACACAGCGAUUUCUCCAAAGCAGCUCUUUAUUUUGUAAGCUGGAACAGAACUAAGCUGAGGAGCUCAGUCAGCCUGCUUAUAUAGAGCUACAGAACAAUUGUAACUGUUGCAAUGUUCUAAAACUAUCCAAUCACUGAACGUCACUUUUCGAUCCUUCAUUUGCAUAACUAUCUACAGUAUCCCCCUGCUGGCCCAGGGUGAGAACUUCAGUACAUAACAGGUAUGAAAGAGAGGCCAGCAAAAAACCUGUGCACUCACCUGGUAACUGAUCCCAAACAAAACACCCAGCUAGACCAGUGCCUUUUUAUUUAUAGAUUGAUCAUUUGGCAACUCUGCCUGCAGCUUAGAAUAAUCAUUCUGAUAGUGAUGAGUGGCUAAAAUGAUGGUGCGCGUGUUGCUGUGACUGGUCUGUGUGGAGGGAAAGGUUUUCUCAACAGUCUACAUGUUCAUGUGCGUGGACCAAGUGGAGGCUGAGUCCUGUGGAAAUAAUACAUCCAUUAGAUUCUUGUGGUGUCUGGAAAUGCAGCUGAAAGACUAGCAGCCUCUUGCCCUCACUUGAAAAAGUGCACUGCUAUGCGAGGACCAAGGAGCAGCCUUUGUUGCAGGGAUAAUUUUGUGGGCUCUGCCCCUUUUGUGCCUGUGUGGGCUCUUCCUGAGAGAGCUCUGUCGGGCCUUUCAGUAGUGAUCUGCUCAUUCAGUAAUUGUUUUCCCAGUGGGCUGCAGGACUGAAGGGGAAAUGGCUGAUUGGAUGUGCUAAUUUAUUGUGGCUGGUAAGCAUUUUAUUAUGAUUAAGCAAACACGCCGAAAAUGUGCUCAGCAUUUGUAUGAUUGGUAUCAUUCCGAAGGCAUUUCGUAUUUUCGCCACAGGCUGUGAGUUACAGGUCCUUCUUCAACCAUGCCAUUGAAGCAGCUGUCUUCUGCAGUGAAUGAGCUAGGAUGGGGGAUCUGCAGCAUUUCCACUCAAUUCAGAUUUCAGGGUUUGCAUAUAGGGGUGCAAAUUCCUCUCAAUGGGUAGAAUCAUCAUGUAAACCAGAGAGAUCAAAUGUUUCUGAGACAGGGAAACAGCUUUGCUCACCUUAUCUAAAUGGUAUAUUUGGACUGGUGAUUCUUGUGCCUUCGGAUCAUAAGGGAAGAGUUAAUGCAAAUAACUUUUGCUGCUACUGCACAUCCCAUUGUCAACAUGCAGUUUUCUCAGUAAUAGUGCUUCUUUGGAUUGUAUGCAACAUUAGUGCUAAUCAGAGUAGAAAUUAAUGGGGAGUUUUUUUCAGUCGGUCUACUUUGUAUGAGUAGCGUGCAACCCUUAAAAUUUAGACACAGGAAUCUUCUUUAUAUAGUUUGACAUUUAGCUCAUUGAAGAAGGUAUUUAUCAUCCACUGUUUCCAGACUUCACCAUUAUUCCACAUUUCCCAGGACAUUUCCCCAUCACCUUCUUUACCACAAAAGACAAUGUUUUCUUUUAGGAGGGGAAGUUGGUCUAUUGCCCAAGAGCACCAAAUCCAUUUUCAUCACACAACCUAGAUUUGUCAUUAUGUGAUUGAAUCAUACCCACAAAAUAGUCACAUUUUGUAAGCUGCUCAGGACCUAGCAUACUUGACAGUGCUGCCAUGCUGUUUCCUUUUCUCCACAAGUGAGCUGCAACUACCUGCCAAAUCUGAUUUGAGAAUGCUAUGUGUGAGGAGUCUUCCUUAUAUUCUGGAGCCCAGCACAGCAGGACCAUAAUACUGAGUGCCUCUAGGAAUGCCAAAAUACAUGUAAGCUAAAUAUAGCAGACUACUUACAUUAGUGACAUGCAUUCUGCUUCUCCGCUUGCCCUUUCUUGCCUUUAUUUGGCAGAGCACUGCUCACAUGACACAUGCAAUAUUGGGAACCUUGUCAGGAUUUAUUAAUAUUCUUGCUACAGCCAAGCAGAAUUCUUCGUAUUGUGUCUCAGUGACUUCCUUUGUGAUGCUAGUUACCAUCCAACAACUCAAUAACUGUUCAGAGAUAAAUCCCCAUUUUUGUUCCUGGAAUAUCUAAUAGCUUUUCUUGGAGGCUUUGAGUGGAGUGAUCUAGCUUUAGCCUUUUAGUUUGGCACAGGGAUUUAGGCUGAAUGGUUGAACUGUGGCAAAGCACAGCUAUUCAUUUGUGUUCUCAGCACUGCAUUUUGCUUCUCUGCCCCCGAUCAUAUUUACUGUAGCAAUAGCCUUCUGAUGAGCAUUAAACUAACAGUUUGACGACAGACCCUGACGAGAUGUGGGCAAUGGGGGUCACAGGCAAGAAAAUUGCAAGAGUGAAACAUUUUGAUAAAAAUUGCUAUCCUGUGUAUCCACAGGAACAUAUCCACUUCUCCCAUUGAUGAACUGAUAUCAAUGAAGCCUGCAGUUCCUUGUAAAAAUAAUUCACAUAAUGCCUGCCUGGAAGCAGGUAUGCUUUUCCUACCCAGAACUUCUCAUGACCGCAGGACACCAGCAAACAUCGUGCUUGUUGAGUACCUCAUACCAAUUUGGCUGUGUACGUCACUAAAAUUGUCCACAGCAGAGUCCUGCUUUCUCUGUGGCAUAAUUAACAACUAUGGAUGAAUGGUGCACAGGAUGGGAAGAAGGCUGCAUAGACCCUGAUCUCUCACUGUUUGCAAACUCUAUUCUGGCUAUCUCUCUCACUGGUGUCAGUGUUCCAGUGUACCUUGGGGGUUCACUUUUGUCUAUGAGGACUUCUCCUUUCAGGUGUCUCCUCUGCUUCUCUAUCUCUGCAUGCCUUGGCUGAUUAUAAAUCUGGAGCCUUUUCAGAAAGCAGCCACUUCUUGCCUACUUGGGAAUGCUUUUAAACCAUUCCAGAAACCAUGUUUGUUGAUAGAUCAGGGUGCUCAGAGAAGAGCGGCUGAUCUAAGCUGUAUGAGAGCCGGCAUAAACUCCAGCACGGCAGUACCAGCUGUCACUGCUUAGAAACACAUAAUAGAUUCUGCUGCUUUUCAGACAGCAGAUCUUACAGCCACAUAAACCAGUCAUUCUGUCAUCAAAAGCCCUGGCAGCAGAGAAGUGUUCUCUCUGCAACUGCAUUCCUGGGGCAGUUACAAGUGCGGAGCCAGAGGGAGGCAAGCUUUGCAAUGUAUUAUUUCCUGAACUGGCCUCAGUAGCAGGAGGGAAAGAAAGGGGUAAUUACAAGAGCUGUGGACUGCAUCCCUCUGUCAGUUGUUUCAUGGCCUGUCGUGGCUGGCAUUCAGUUAAGAUAUUGGAUGCCGAAAGCAGAAUCAGAAACUAAGUUGUCAAAUUUCAAAUAGAGUUCUGGUUCAUGGCAAGAUCAGCAUUGAGGUGCUGGCACAAAGUGAGUGCCAUGGUGUUAUGGCAGAUAGUCCAUUUUUUUUCAGUAGGCCUUUCCUAUUAUACCCUUAUAUAUAGGAGUAGUUAAUAACAUUGAGAAUUGAUAUCAAGCAACUGGAAUUGCAGGUGGUAGGAUGUGAGCAGUUAGUAUAUUGCCUUGGAGCACUUCCAGCCACUAAUUUCAGCUGGUUUGGAGCUCUUGUGCAACAAACCUACUUCCUCCAAAGUCAUCUUUAUUGGACUUCCAAGCCACCUCCUGUUCCUGUAGCCCACUUCAGAGCUGAUGUCACCCUCUUGGCUCCUUCCUGGUGAUUCAGAGAAUUGCCAUUGUUAAUGUUAAAUUCUGUGGCAACGGCAUAAUUCUUAAAGCCGAGGAAAACAAAUGGAAAAAGGGAAAUUAUCGUAUUUAGUGUCUCAGUCAAUAGCGUCAACAAUGUGCUUCAGAACUGCUUUUUUAACAUUUAAUUUAAUAACACCCCUGGAAAAUGUUCUCUUUCCAGAAGUUCCCAGAUGCAAGUUAACCCUGGCAGAGUCGCAAGGCAGGCAGGAGUGUGUCACUGCCAUCGGUGUGGAGCAUGCUGACUGCAUCUUCAGGGCAUAUAGCUUUUGGGAUGAAGCCCAACAGUAUUUAGCUGCAUUGGCAUGGAUAGCAGUAGGUAGCUUACCACACUAAGAGUCAGAGAGUGUUAAAAGUAUGGCAAUAGAUUAUUGCCCAUCUUUGAAGAAAAUGCAUCAAGAGGUUCUAGUCUCAUGCACACAGACAGGCAGCUAGGACUAUGUCACAACCCCAUGCUUCCACUUGGCAGCAGUUCUCCAGGGUUUCAGACAGAGGACUUUUCCCAGCUUUGCUGCAGGAAAUACCAGAGCUGAACAUGGACCUUCUGCAUGCAUAGUCACAGAUCUUUGGCCUGUCAACCAAGUUAACUUGUUGCAACCCUGAUUUAAAGCAAUGUUUCUAGCCCUUGCAGUUUCAGAGAAAAACAUGAUCACAUCAUGUACUCUAAGCAACAAUCGCCAAAGUAAAGAAUAAAUGAAUAUUUAUUUAUUUUGCAGUCCAUUUAUAGUGUAACACCAUGUUUCCUAGCAGCAACCCCUUCAAAUAGUAGUGGGAUGGUUGAGGAGGAAACAAAAUGCCUGCUCCCCAACAUAAUGCACAUUGCCCCCAUCCCACCAGCCCACCACAUUUCCUAACAGAAGGUGUGGAGAAAACCAUUGGGCUGCUUAAAAGAACAAAACAAAUAUGUAUGUAACAGGGAGGAGAAAAGAGGGUCGGGAGAGCAAACACAACAACCCCAAGUGGGCAUACAAUUCAAGGUAAGUCUCUAAGUCACAACGUAGGAGGGGAUGGAGGCCUGUGGCUUCAGUGAUCCACAGGUCAGUGACAGGUUUCUUAGACCUCUGUCUAGCAUCAGAUUGUUGGUUGGUUCAGUAACAAUAGGUUGUAUUCAACAUAGUGCUAAGCAAAUUGUUCCAUAAGUGCAAGGAUUUCUACUUAAACAGCGGAACGCUCCUCCCAUCUCCCCCGCAUGCCUCCCCCAAAUCUGUUCUGGGUUUCCCCACAACCCUCUGGUAUGUGUGAUGGGAGUAAAGGGUGUGGGGAGUCCCAUUGUGCUAGCACUUAUGGAAAUAAAAUUAUUUUGUUGAAUACUGCUCAUUAUGUCUAGCUCUUCUGGAUUUGCGCUUGAGGUUUCCAAGCCCCUCAUGGCUUGACAAGCAAAGCUCUUCUGGAGCUGUUUUCUUACCAGGAGCAGGUGACUGUACAGUUCCAGUGACUUCAACAGCUGCAUGACAGGCAGAAAUACAGGAGGGGCAGCUUUCCCCAGCAUGCUAAAGCUUUAGCUGUUAUUAAACAUUAAAGGUACAAGAGGCUUUCAGAAAAAAACUCUUAAGUGAACCCCAUUAUCUCUUUGCACUGGAGAGAAAAAUGUUUUUUGUCUCUGUUUUCAGUGCCUGCCAUUUCUGUUAUGGCUUUCAUUAGAUUGUUCUUGGGUUUUAUUUUUGUUUUCAUUCACUUUUAUAGAUCUGAUGGCAUCCUGGCAUGUGAACACAAUGUGUGGGCAGCUGGCUGGCUGGCUGGCUGCAUAAAUUAAAUUACAGUGUAUUAAGUCUUGUUGUUCUUUUACAAUGUGAAUUAUCUCCUGCACUCAAACCAAAUGAAUUGUUUCUGGCUUGGAAGAAUAAAUAGUACUUUUUAAGGGUUGGCAAUCUUCUUCUUUUUAACUGUCCCUUUCCCUGUGCACUUAAAAACAACCUGACAAGCAGGAAUUAUCACUAUAUUUUCAUUCCACAAAUGCUUCAUUUUGCAUUUUCUUUUGUAUGGCAGACAGCUCUUAACAACACGCUGGAGUAGGACUAGCGUGGCCAGAUACAAAAGGGGAAAGGCCUUCUGCACAUUGAAUAGUUGUGUAGAACGGGGAGUUUGAGCAGAUGCACCUAGCAUUUGAAAAUUUCCUCUGGAAUUCCAUCUUCACAACUCUUGAAGGUACAGGAGCCCUGGGCAGUUUUGAAUCAGGCUGUUCUAGGCAUGAGCUGUAAAAAGGUCGGUGGCUUUAUGAGGAUGGAUGAAAAACCCUAGAAAUGGGCAGGUACCUUCAUCCAGGUCUUCCCAUUCUGUAAGUGUGUGAAAUCUCAUGACGCAUCACUCAUGUCUUUAACAAGUGGCAAUAAGUGGCUUCUCUCUUAAAUUUCCACGGACAACAUGUUUCUUCAGUUGAAAGACUGGAAAAAAACAGUGUCUUGAACUUUUGCAAAAUAGCCCCAUCCUGAGCGAGAUGGAAAAAAACAAUUUAGCAGUUUAAUUUAAGCCCUGGUAAUUGAGAACAUAGUGUUUCCUCUAUUUCUGCUGGUACUUUGCCCACUUUUCUGCAUUCAUUAUGGUAUAUCAAAAAUAGUAGUCAUGAGUAAAAUCCAUAUCCUGGAGCUAGAUGCAAGCUCUAAGCAACCAACAACGGCCAUUAGGGUUGCUGGGCCCAGGUCCUGGCAUCCUGUUUCCUAUCACUGCAUGACAUGGACAGGAGAAGCCCUCUGGCAGGUGCAAUAUUUUUUCUCUUUUAUGCCGUGCUGCUUUUAAUACUACUGGGCUGCAAGCUGUGCCUGAAACCUAACCAAAGAGAAACUGGUGCUUGAUAUUAACAGGGUUGCCAACUGUUGAACCAGCUUUUAAGAGCAGCUUGCUAUGCAGGAACUGGCAGGAGAUAAACAUGAUCAGUUGCUCAUUUCUGCAGGUCAAGUUGGUGUAAAGAGUGCCCAAACAAGCAAUAAUGUUUUCUUUUGAUCAGUUGACAGCUCAAGGUAUAAAGUUGCUGAGUAUUCCCUGAAGACCGUAGCUGUACCUUCUAAAUGUUUUGAAGCCCUAAGACAAGGUGCAGCUACUGAAGACCUGGCAAACAUCCAGGCCCAAACCCCAGAGACAGAAGAAAAAAGAGGGGCAGUUCUGUCAGACCCUCUAGCGAGCAACUGUUUUCUAGCAAGCGCUGGUCCCUGCCUUCAGGAAAGAAAUUCAUUACAUUCAAGGGCAAAGAAUGGCCCUGCAGCUUGCACUGAGCCAGAUAAAUUUGUUGUAUUACAUCAGCAGCAGCACAGGAAAGGAGGAGUGGGAGGAGGCGAGCAGCUCUCUGUGCUGGAAACUUGCGGCUUCUCUCUGCAUCUCCCUCCUGCUUUCCUUCACUACUUCUUACUUAAGAAACACAAUAGUGAUCGCCAUGGCAACACGUGCUCCCCUGGCACCUGCGCACUCACAGGUGGGAUCCUCUGAGCCCUGAACGUGGUUCCCGGCCCCAAGCAGGUGGGACUUGGCCCUAGUUGCUGCUAGGAUGUUAAGCACUCUGGGUGACAUCUGGGUCCCACCUUUUUUGUCUCAAAAACAUUGCUUCAUCCUUACGCCUGCUGCUGCCAGUGGGUGCCAGCUUCCCAGAACGCGGCUGGUCUAUCUGACGUAGCCAUGGACCUCCGUUCCAAGGACAAAGGGCAGGAUGCAGGAUUCCGAGAGGAAGGAGGCUGUUCUGUGUGGGAAGUGCUGGGCUCAUCUGCCAGUACCUGUUACUCCAAGGACUCUGACAUUUACCAGACUUCCCUGCAGGGAAACAACACCUGAUUCCACUUAAAGCUUGCAGCAUCUCUCCUCCCUACUCCCACACCUCACCACAGAAAACAUGGAGCUCUCCGAAAACAAUAAUGUAAUUGGCUGGGAAAAAUCUCCUCAGGAUUUUCCAUCAAAACCUGGAGCUGGCUCAGACAGCGCUAACACACAAACACAUGCACGCUGCAGGCCCCAAGAUACUCGUGAAAGCACGGGUUCCCCUAGAAAAUGCGUGACCUGGACAGAAUGGAGCCCAAUGUAACAAGGAGUGACUGAGACCUGAGAGACAGCAGAUUCCCCCAGGGGAGUGACCCAGCCUUUGGCCCCAUAAAGAACAAACCGCCAGCCGUAUGGGCCUAUUUAGCAUCCCCGACCUUUCACCUCAGAGAUUCCCACCUCCUUGCCUGCUGUGCGCAGGCCUCAUUUACAGCAUGCAAGGACAUCUUGGAGCUGUUUCUAAUGCUAAUUCCCUCCUCCCCUCCCUCCAGAGGUGCACAUUUAAGUUCUGUUCUUCAGCUAUCUGCAAAUGUCACCCAAGAAUGGUUUAUAUGCACAUCUAUUUCCUUGCUCAAAUAAAUAGUUUGGAGGGGGAAGGAGAAUUACUGGUGUAGAUUGGCUGAAUGAAGGCCUCUUCCAUAUUCGUUUAUGUUCCAGUGGCUCUAGCACUGAAUUUACGUCUAGUAGGCCCUUGUCUGCCAUCACGAGGCAAUAGGGGAGUCACCAUCUUUUAGCCUCAGCUCUUCACCAGUAACAUGGGAAUAAUAGUGACUUAUCCCCUAGAAUUGUUAUGAGAAGAAACAAGUAAAUGAUUGUUAACAUGCUUUGGAAGUUGAACCAUAGAGCAAAGCUCCCAAGAGGUCGCAACAGUGCCUUGCUUCCUGUAGGCCUGCCUGCAGCUUGGAGCCCAUUCCUGAUAGUAAAAGCCAUCCAAUUCCAAGGCCGAAAGCUAUUUCUUUCACCCAAUUGCUUUUUAGUUUAAUACAAAACUAUUCCUUUUUAACUGUUCUCCUUCUUCAAGAAGAUAGUCCAGGCUGUAAAAAUGAAUAAUAAGGUAUAACUGCUCUUCGGAGACCUGUCUGUAAAAAAAAUGAUUCUCAGAAGCGGCUGCAGAUGUAUAACCUCAUUAAACUGGGUCAGAGCUUCCAAGGAAAGCAGACUGCACAGAAAGGAGCCACUUGGAGAUGUCUGGUGUCAUUCUGUAAACCACAAGCCACCUUGGAGACAGCCUCCAGGAAGCCACAGAAAGCGAUAAAGGGCUUUCUCACACAGCCAAAUCCCCACACACAUCUAAUAUCUAGUAUGAUACUCCUUGUAACUAGACAAGUUUGGGCAUGUUAGUGAGAUGGGGGUAAUUUGAAUGCUGGGGGGGGGAGUGAUAUCCUCACAAUAGGAGAACUAACCUGGGAAAGGAUGGAGUGGAUCCUCUUUUGCUACUGGGUAAUAAAAUAAAAUUUAUAAAUAAAUAGCAGCUGCUGGCCAUUUAUAGCACACUGUAGCCUUCCCCAACCUGGGGUCUUCCAGAUGUUUUAGAUGAGAGGUCUCAUCAUCCCUGACGAUUGGCCAGAUAGGCUGGGACUGAAGGGAAUUGGGUGUCCAAAACAUCUGGAGGGAAUCGGGUUGGGGAAGACUGGCAUAAUGAACCCAUCAUCUGGACCAUUUUGUUACCACCCUUUUCUGAGUUCCCUAGGACAAAGAACUUCAGCAACUAUGGGGGUUACUCUCUGGACCUUGGAGUUCUUUGCACUUGAGUUUCAGGCUGGUUUUGUUUCUUCCCAGCCAGGUCUCUAG